GGUAAGAAUUGGCCUUUGGGUUUUGUUAUGGAAGGGUGGUUGGUUUGGGUGAAACUUGUAGUUCUACUGUUGUUGUUGAAGUUGUAAACUGUUUUUGAAAAAAAAAUGUUAAUGAAUAAAUUGUUUUAAAAAAUGUAUUUGACCCUAAAAAGCAAAUGUCUUCGGGAUUACACUCCAUGUUAGAGCAUGUUAGCAUCACUACUCUGAUCCAGGAUUUUCCAUUUUCAUCUCUCACUUGCAGCCAGUUCACCCUGUGUGUGUAUGGGAUAAUAUUAAGAGUAUCUUACUUUAAUGCAACAUACAUAAAAACACAGGCCUACCAUUAUGACCAUGUGCACUAAAGGUUGUGUGAAAGUGUCCCUCUGCAGCUACCAUCAGGUGCUGCUGCUGCUUAAAUUGCAUUGACGCAGAACCCUCCUUUGCAUGGAUAAGUGUUGUGCAGGUCGUUGAAGUCACAGCAGUUAGUGUUGUUUAAAACAAGAGAAAAAGUGUGCCCUCUGCACCACGUCACCAGCACACUGACAGACAGACAGCUCGCAGUUUCCAUUCACAAUAUUGACAGCCCCCACCUCCACCACCACCACCAAAUCCCCCACCCCUUCCGCACAGCAGAUGCUGUGACGGGCGCCAUGAUGAUGAUCUGGGAUUUUGCCUGCAGCAGCAGCAACCAGAGACGGUAGAAUGUGCUGAGAUGGGCCGCCUGCAGUAAAGUUAUGGAUGGAAACGGGCUAUGGAAGGACAAAGAUGGCCGAGGAGUCAGCCAUACACGCAUGCGCUGACAUCACAGGACACAAGAUAUUUAUUAUAAUAUAUAUUUUUUAUAUCAUCAACAUCAAAAGUAAACUAAAAACAAACAAACAUAACAAGUGAGAAUGUUGAAAACAACAAUAACAACAGGGGAGAGUGGGGUAGGAUGAGCCAUUUUUCACAUUUCGGAUCACUAUAUCAAAGUAAUCUUAGUUUUAUCUCUUACUAGUGUAUCUGCAUAUAUUUCAAGAUGCUGUUCAUCCCUGCAAACCAACAGAAUGAGUGUAAACACAACUGUCUUGAUUAUAAAGCAUGACAAAAAAAAGUGGUCUCCUAAGGUCAACUUACCCCGUGUAUGGAGGUAAAUAACAGCCACUUCUUCACAUGCAUGUGUAUUUUUAUUGUUUAUAUGCUAUUUAACAGGCACAAUAAUUCAUUUUAAUUAUUAUUAUUGCAUAUAACUGCUAAAAAGCUGUUUUGUAAGUCAUUUUAACACGAGAAUGUCUUUAAGUGAUUCAGAACAUUCACAGCUGUAUUUUUGAAAAGAAAAAAAAUAAAUCUGAACUGAAACUCUGAUCCUCUCAGAAUCAGAAAUACUUAAAUAAUAGUGCCCAGAGGGGAAUUGCUUUCGUUACAGUACUCCAGUGCAAAUACAGGAAAAGAGGCGAUAAAUAAUAGAUAAAAUUAAAGAUAAAAUAAGUUAAAAUAUAGAGAUAAUAUACAAGUAUUUACACUAUAAACAACACAAAUAGUGACAUUGUAUGCAUUCUUAUCAGACUUCUUUACUUUCUCAGUUACCCUAGAACUACUAUGAUGACUUCUAAUCUAAACUGGUGGACUUUUAUGUUAGGUUUUGAACUCAUUGGAGCUCAUAGAUACCAUAAUUGAUGUAUAAAACUAUUAAAAAAUGAUCUUUUUUGGUCUGAACACAAUUCUAAUCAAAUUUAAGACAGACUAAAUUCACUUCCAGGAGUGAAAAAUGUCUAACCCCUUCAGCCAUGUGCUUCUUACCUUCACAGACUCCAUGAAUUGAUGCCCGUCUCCUAAAUAUUUGGUCACAUUAACAAUUUCUUUUACAGUUUCCAAGCAACUGAGGGUGGCUCAACCUAUCCCAGUCUUCCCUAUUUAUAAAAAUAUCUCUUUAAAAGUAUGACGCUACAACUAAAACAUUCUUUAUUAUUGAAGAAACUAUCUUAAUAAGCGUUAUAACUCAGUUAAUCGACAUGUAAAUGCACCGUUUGGAGGUUAGCAUCCAUUUGUAUCCCAUUCAUGUUUUACAGUUGAAUCCCUCUUCCCAGAAUCCAGCGCGACGUUACCGAUGGUGUUGUUCGUUGUGUCAUCUCCGCUGUGGAGAGUCUCUGUCAUCAAGCUGCUGGUAGCUUGACUGUGCAAAGACGGCGAGAAGCGACCGACCGGCGGGGGAGGCAGGCAAAGCAAAGGAAAGGAAAGGACAGGGGGGGGAAUUUAGGUUGUGUCCCGUAUUUGGAAUAAGCAAGACAGGACGUGAAACGGGCUACUCUUUAACCUUCAAGAGAAAAAGAAAGAAAACGGACCUGCAUUUUUCACUGCUAACUUGUGUGGAAGUCCUGAACUAACUGAAGAAACUACAGAGACAUUUCCAGGACGGAGAAUGGGAUUUAAAGAACAUAUCUGAGAAAACAAGGGAAUUAUUUUUCCACUUGGAGGAAAAGCAUCCACUCAGAAUAAGUUACGCUCUUUUAUUUAACGCAGUUCUUGUUCAUUUUCGCCUUUUUUCCACUCCGGGGAUCAGCGAUGGCUUCGAGGAGCCACGAAAAGUAACGUUUACGUUAGCUCGGCGGCGGUUAGCUGGAAAAGCUAACCUUAGUUAGCACGGCUGCUAACUAAGCCUGUGUCGCCCUUCCAUUCCUGGAGCAGAGGAGGGGCACCGGGGCUUUGUAGCAUUGCAGAUCUGCCUUGCAUUUUUUUUGUGGGUUCCUGCUGCAAGAAAUGGAGGAUCCCAAAACAACUCAGGGGGAUUUUCUGAUUGAUUUUCGAUUUUAAAGCCCGAAAAGCUGCCAAGCUAACAUCUGAAUUCCAUCAUUAUCAGCCGGCCCGGGGCAACCAGGGUCUGGAGAAUUGGGACUAACGUUACUUCAUUUCGUCUAUGCCCCCCUUAGGGAGAGGUUUUUAUAAAAUGAGGGGGUUUUAUCCACCUCUUGGAUACUGGAUCUCCGAGUAGACAAUCAUGAACAGCUCGAUUUUCAGCUUCAGUUUGCCCUAAAGUUGAAGUUUUAUUAUUUUCUACAUACAUUCAAGGUGAGAGAACUUCUCUACAGGCCCCUCUGCGCCAGCUUGAAAAAAACAAACCAAGGAGGUGUUUUUUUUUUAUUCAUUUCCACCAUUAGUUCAAAAAGCCAAUAAUCGGGAAUAAUCAUGUCUGGAGAGGUUCGUUUGAAGAAGCUGGAGAAGCUGAUCCUGGACGGGCCAGCUCAGGCUAAUAGUCAGUGUCUGAGUGUGGAGACCCUGCUGGAUAUCCUGGUGUGUCUCUACGAUGAGUGCAACAACUCCCCGCUCAGAAGAGAGAAGAAUAUCACCGAGUUUUUGGACUGGGGUGAGUUAAACUUGUCUUUUUUAAAGGUAGGAUAAUAAGGUUGUAAUGUUGGUGGUGGUGGUGCAGUGGCCCUCCCUUCCCCUCACAUUCCUUUUAUAGUAGUAGUGGGGCUCAGUUGGCCUGCUCUGCUCUCACUCAAACACUCCCUUUAAAACUAGAAGUAUAGAGAUUUUAGUCCUCUGUAGUCAAACCUGACAUAAAUCAAACAUGAGACAUGUCUAAUUACUGUAAACAGAUUAAUCAAGUUGACUAUAAUGACAGAACAAAUGAGGGAACUCUACUUACUGUUUACAUUCAUGCUACUUUUGUAUUUUUUGUGUACAUACUUGUAUAUUAUCUCUUCAUUUUUACUUAUUUUAUCUUUUAUUUAUCUCCUCUUUCUACUUAUUUGCACUGGAGUUACUGUGACAAAAAGCAAUGGGUAUUGUUAAGGUAUUUCUGAUUCUAAAAUCACUUAAAGAUCUCCAAAAAUGACCUCUGUCGUCAAACCAAACACAAAUCAAACAUGAGACAUGUCUAAUUACUGUAAACAGACGCAUUGAGUUGACUAUAAUGAGAGAACAAAUGAGGGAACUCUACUUACUGCUUACAUGCAUGCUACUUGACUAUUCUUUGUGUACAUACUUGUAUAUUUAUCUCUUUAUUUUUACAUAACUAUUUCUAUGUUUUUUUCUUGUUUUUACUUAUUUUAUUUAUUUAUCUCAUUAUUUUUUACUUAUUUUUACUUUAUUUUUAUCCAUAUUUUAUCUCCUUAUUCUGCACUGGAGUUAUUGUGUCAAAAAGCAAUUUUCUCCCUGGAGAUUAUUAAAGUAUUUCUGAUUUUAAAAACACUUAAAGAUCUCCAAAAGGUUCACUUUUUAUGUAAAUCCAAAAUUACUGGGCAUUUUUUAGUUGCUUAUUUGGGCUUGAGAUGAACUGAUCCAUUUUUUUCGAUCCAUUCUGAUACCGAUACCCGGUCUGAGUGUAUCGGCCCAUAUUUGAUACUGAUCCUAUAGACCAGACCUGGGCAUUUUAUGGCCCAAGGGCCAAAUCCGGCCCCUUGGAUGUCCCUGCCUGGCAUUUCGUGAAGUCCGUCCAUCAAAUCAUCAACAUGCUAUACAAGUGUGUUGCUUUUAUUUUGAAAACCUAGCUGUUGUUUUAUUUCCAUUUGGACACACUUGCAAAUGUAAGAUCAGUGCAUCCCUAAUUUUUACUUUUCUUAUUUGAUCUAUUAUUUAUCUCCUCUUUCUGCUUAUUUGCACUGGAGUUACUGUGACAAAAAGCAGUUUCCCCCUGGGGAUUAUGAAGGUAUUUCUGAUUCCGAAAUCACUUAAAGAUUUUUUAAUAUAAAUCCAGGAAUGAUCUAAUGAAGAUGCACCAGGAUCACCCAAACCAUCAUUUAAUCUUAUGGAAAUGCACUCAAAGUAGCUGCCUCUCUGUCAGCCUCAGCUUAAACGACCUUUGCAUGCCGGUUUGUUUUCCUUUUUCUGGGUGUGUUGGAGAAAGCUUGUUGAUAUCUCACCUCCUUCUCUCUCUCUUUCUCUUAUCAGAUAGUCAUUGUUAUGAAGAAUAGUUGCCAUUGCAGCAGAAAGAUCCGAGUUGAGCACCCUCUAUAGUUCACUCAAGAUCUGAUAAGUUGAUUAAUAAUCAGGAAGAGGGAUCGUGGAGAUAAACGUUGUUUUGUAACUUUCCCUGGUCGCUUUUUUAGAGCGAGGUUAGAAAAAAAAAACAACACACAGGAGGCAAAAGGACCACACACACAUGUACACACACACACUAUCACAAACAACUCAAUCACUUGUGCAGAAGGAUUGUGUGUGUGUGUGUGUACGUGUGUGACACCAGGGGUUUGGUUUGUGCAUGAAGCAGGAAUGUGAACAACUCACCUUUUUUAUCUGGCGCAGAGGCCUAGCUAGCUGCUGGAGCAUGCCUGGCUGGCCUGCUUGUCUUUUAAAAGCCCCGAUUGAAGAAGAAGAAGAAGUGCUGCAGCAGUUUGGAGUCAGCAAGGAGACAAAUUAAUAAUACAGAAGGCAUUAAGAAGGCAAAGUGUAAAGGGAAGGGAGCAGAGUUUGGAGGAUCUUUUCAGCAUGUUUUUUGAUUUUUCCAAACAAGUGUCAAAGGUGGGGUAGUCAGGAUCUGAUUAAGUUUUCGGGAGAAAUCUUGAAUGUAAACUCGACCCCUCCCAACCAGUUUUUCCCCUCAGUUCCUCCUCGCCCCUCCAUCUCUGCUCCAACAAGCCCCGCCCACAAAUACGCUCGCUCUUAUCGUUCCAAUUAAAUUCAGAUAUAAUGCAGAUAAAUACUUCAGAUAAUUACAAAUGGGGUCCAGUCAACGUGAAAGUAAAAAGUAUUGGUGCAACUGUAGAUGCCAACAGACUACCAGCAAACACAGUGUUUGCAGGACUUCUACAACGAGGAUAAAGUGACAUAGUCCAGGACCCGAGGACAACAGUUCAGCGGCGCUACAACACGCUUGUUGACCCAGCUAUUUAGCUCCUGCUACCUCCGUUUUAAGCGUCCGUUAUUCUGCCAGAGUCUCCAGACAAUUCAGACAAUUUUCCGAACUUUCUGGUUGGUUUCUGCUGUCCGAUAUUGUAGCACGCUAACUUUGUUUGGGCUCCUGAAUGACACGGGGGAGCAGCGUCUGCCUCACAACCAAUCAGGUCGGGGAGGUGGAGAACGGCUUUGUUUACAGUCAGAAAGAGCGGGCCGCUCAACAAUUUAAAAUGUUGACUACUCAGACAUAAGAGAACACAGUGAUAACAUUAUAUUACCAAAUGUCAUCAAUAACUAAUAGCUAUUGACUGAUAUUAAAAGCUUUUUUGUAUAUAAACCACAAAAAAAAAGAUUCCUGCCUACCCCGUUAAAGGGGCAGCCGCUACUGGUAUUAGGGCAGCAGUGUCAGACAGGAUGGUGGUGAAAUCACUGAAAUGGUGGUAAAUUUUAGCUGCAGCUGUUAAGUCCCACAAGCCACAAUCUGGAUAAUCCAUUCUUUGCUCAAAUAUGUACAAAUCCUGUCUGUAAAACUAACCAAAGCAGCAGGAUUGGGCGAUAAAUCUGUCAUCAAAGGGACAGACGAAAACUUUCCUGCUCGAUUUGAAGUCAAACACUCAUAUUUGUUUCUGAUUUUCACUCUUCCUCUUAGAGCUCCCUGCAGCUCUCUUACAUCUCGAGGUGCCCUGUUUCGGGUGCCAAGUUGUGACUUCAUCCUGACAUUUCCCUGUGUUGACACGACAAACUUUCUGACUGAGCUCACCCAGACACAACACACAACGUGCAGAUGUAACCGCCGCGCCGUCACAGUCGCCGUGUUCUCGCUCGUUACUGUGUUCGACUCCCGGGGGGAUUUGCAUGAGAAUCCUCCGGUCCUCUUCAGUUAUAAUCAGUUAAUUGAAUUAAGCCAGAGUGUUUAUACACAUAAGUCAGUGGAGCUGAAGUUUAAAAGAAAUGAAAUGAGUUGUUUAUCCUAGUCAGUUAGCCCUCGUUUAGGAGCCCCGAGGGAGUUUUUUUUGCAUUGUGUCUGCUGUUGCGUCGCUCUGAAAGAACAAUAACAAACAUCAGAGAGAGGCAUAUAUUAAAACGGAAGGUUCAUCCCUGUCCCCGAGAAACUAGUCGACUGUGAAAACAGGAGUUUACUUUGAUGUGUAGAGCUGGGAACAGUUUAAAUUUGUAUAAGUAGCUUAAAGGAAGACAGAAAUACAGAGUCUGAGCAGCACAGUCUGAAUUGAUAAACCGUGGUGUCUCUUUUGCCUCCUUGGUUUGUAGAAAUUGGGGAUAUUUAGUAAAACCUAAUGCUUAUAUUUUUGAUGAUGCACCCUUUUAUCAGGGAAAUGAUGGUGGCCUAUAAGGACAAAUAAGGUAGUUCUUCUGCCUUAGCGUCUCAGUCUGAUUACAUUUCCAUGAAGAAAUGAUCAUAAAUGUUCUUCCUCGAGCUGCGUCACCCCACUGUAGUUCAUGAUGGACUGGCCUGAGGUCUCGCUACAAACAAGUGGCUGCUGGAAGAGAGUAGGUGAGUUGUAUUAAGUCUCUUGGCUAAAGUUAAAAAGAUGUUUGGUGGCUAGUACUAUGGCUAGUACCCUAUAUGUACUGUUGAUGAAGUUAGGUGCUGUUCUGAGCAUUAUUUGUGGCUAUAGAGUGGCGUUUUGGUUGAGGUUUGUUUAUGGCUCCUCAGACCGCUGUGUAUUGCUAUCCUGCGGUCGUUACUUAAGUUGGUAUAACUAGAGAAGCAAGCGGUCGGCAACAUUCAUCUCUCGAGGGGGGUUUAACUCGAUGUUACAGUGUGUUUGACCCUAAAUUAGUUUUACGCUGGAAUAUCCUUUUAACAUUACUCACUGUGCCUUUAAUGUGCCAUUAGAAAACCUGGUUAGAAUAUUGUUUAAACUCUAGCUGGAGAGAUGCAGUCAGUGCUUCUUAGCAAGAUGAUGCAGCAGCUUAGAGGUCGGCUGCAGCCAUUUAUUAUCAUUAUUAGUUUAUGAUGAUGAUGAUAAAGGAAGGAUGAAGGACGAGACGUCUGCUGAUUCAUUUAGACACCGCAUCAAUCUGAAAGGAUGUCGUAUGAAGAACGGUGAUGUUCACUGUGUGGGAUUUUGUCUGUGGCUUUUACGUGCUUCAACGUUACCCAUGAAAAUAAAACACUGAGCCACAGAAAUACUGAGCUGACAGUCGUAAUAACCCGACUCGUGGUUCAGCGAUGGGAUAAUGCACGUCUGCUUGACAGUCCACCACACCUUAUUGGUGCAGCUGUCAAUAAAAAAAGAUGCUUAAAUGGAGAUCAAGUCUUAUCCUGUUCUUCAAAGAUUUCUCUAAAGUGUCACCACUCCCAUGUUUUCAGGAUAAUCAGCUAUACAGUCAAAGGAAAAAUGCACACCUGCUGCUGCACAUGCAACACCUUUUGAGGAAUUUAGACAUGAGAAGUUGUAUAGUUAUUACAGCUACUUUUUUAAUCCUAGUGUGAACAAAUACUCAGUUAAUUCCUACACACAAAACGACGAGGUUUAAGAUGGGCGCAUGAAACCUAAGACCUCCUCCUCAGCUUUAAAAGCCCCUCAGAGGCGACCUCUGCAGCUGCACUCUGCCCUGACAGGAAGAGUCAGCGCGGCUUGCUUACCCAGGCCCUGUGUUCCUUAUUGCUGCAGCGAGCCGGUGCAGCAGCGCUCCCUUUUCUUCUCAAGAAUGUACAUGAGCCGGAGAAGAAACAAAUGUUUGGAUUGGGGUAGCGUUUCUUCUUGUUUGGUGACCUCAUUUCAGCUGAAAUGGAGACCCCUACAUGACCUGAAGCCACAUGGGAAACGAACACGGGAAAGUACGCUGUAGCCUGACUCCCUCGCCUAACAACCUGGUUUAUGAAAUAUAUCUUUGUGUCUGUUGACAUCCUAAUAUUGUAUGAUAUAUUUAUAUUUUUUAAAUGACAUAAUCUCAGUGUUUCUUUACUGUUUAUUUACUGCAAACACUGAAGGAGAGGAGACAGACAGAUUGGGCAGAGUCAGACUUUUACACCGUCAUUCUGUUGUUCCCCCCUGAUCUCCCGCCCUGUUUUGGGGAACUGAUCGCCUGGCAGCUGCAAACGGGCCGCCGUGCCAGCCCACAGUAAGCAAACAUGGAGGAGGCAGUCUGACCUUUUCUGCAUCCAGACUCGGCGUUAGCCUGCAGUGGCCAGCUGUUCAGCUGCAGCUGAUGUGAGCUCCACCCUGCAAGGCUUUGGUUGGCAGCAUGCCUCACACACUACUCGCCGUGGAGACUUGCACACACACACACACACACACAAUUAUUAUUGUGGUUUUGUCUAACAAGGCUAUCUGAUAGUUCAAAGACUGAAGUUCAUCCUUGUUAAUACCGUCACUGAAAAGGCUUUAAGUGCCGACAUUGUCAGAAGAACCUGAAUCCAAAAAAAAAAAGAUUUUGUGUCGUUUGGUUUUAAAUUCUGCUCAGCCAGCUCCACCCCGCCAAGAACAAACAAGACUGUAUGCAAGGCUAGCAUUUUCACCGUUUGGCUUCAUAUACAUUGUGCGUGCUUGCAGACUUUGAUCAGCCCCUCACUAUACUUAGACGGGGUAAAGUGGGCAGAAAAUGCCCCGUAGUUAACAUUUUGGUGGUUGUUAAAAAAAGAAUGGAGAGUUGAUAGUGAGGAUGAGGAGUUAACGGUGCAGUCGUGUUGGGCGGUAUGAACAAAAUCUGAUAUCAUGGUAUGAGUAAUUUCAUAUUACGGUAACUGUAUAUAUCACAGUAUGUUUUUUGCCUCCUGUAAAUUAAAUUAAUGGCUUCAAAAUAAGCAUACUGUCGCAUUUGUUCAUUUUCCUUGGAUUUUUAUACAAAUGCAAACAAAAUUCCAGACCAGUUUGGCGAUUUUCUAUCAUAUGUUGUACCUUUGGCGAAAGACUCUGCCAAGCACUUUUGUAUGAGAGGAGCUGCUGCAGCUUUAGUUGUUGCAGCGGGUGCGUCACGCAUCUUUUGGGUCCCAUAAUAGAGCUUGGCGUGUUUCAUCUAGUGGCAGAAGAGGAUCAUUGUCAGAUUUUCUAAACCCGAAGGAUCUUCCGACAACUGAUAUCGCGGCUCGGUUCCUCCUCUUCUUCCUCGUGUUGGGUGGGUUGGGCUGCCUCCAUUUGCUUAGUACUGACACUGAUCUCCGCGUUUGCCGUGACCACCACCAGUGAAGCUGUUUCUUCUUCGUCGAAACUUUACCAAGCAGUCUGCUGGACACGCUGGUGAUUAUAGGGUGCGCACCCAAACCCGACCAAUCAAACGGAGCAAACAAUCUUCACACGCUGGUGAAUAUACGGAAACGCACCCUGAUGUGCUCCGGCUUUCCUGUUAGCGAGUGCAGACAACUACACACUGACUCAGAGAGAUGCAGCAGAUAUCUACCAGUAGACACUUUUAUACCGUCACACAGUAUAUACCGUCAUACCGCCCAACUCUACGGUGCAGACUGGGUGCUGUUAGAUAUAGAGUCUGAACCGAUUUCAGCCUGUGUCAGCAGGGAAGUCAGUGAUCUGAAUCUUUAAUAUCUAUGAUGUCAACAAUAGUCAGAAACUUUGAAAUUCUCCGCCUGCUGGAUUUCAUCACAACAUCCUCGCCACCUCUCUGAUUGUUCUGCCGUUUCCUGUUUGGCUGUCCGGUGGCGGGCACAUAGAACAGGAAGGAACCGCAAGGACUCAGUGAGUGAGUGAGUGAGCGAGUCCGGACCCAACGGGUACAUGAUGUCAUAGGAGGAAAUGGGACAGCUGUAUCUCAUUGUGUUGUUGUGUACUCUGCGGCUCACUGGGAUCCAGUAUUUUAGGGUUGUCAGGAAGGUGCAAGGCCACAAACAUGUUUUCUUUUUUUUUUUGCUCGUGGAUUUCUUUUUUUUCACACCCACUUACAUACUGUCUGUUUGCUCACUCGAACACUCACGACUCUUUACAGCGUUUCUAUUGUCCUGAAUGGACUCACAAACAGUCAGAUAAAGCAGAGGGGCCCAUGUCUCUCUCUGAUCGACAGAGAGGUCCCUCAGAAACAGACAAUUCCUAAGUAGUUUAUUGACGAUAGCCUGGAUCGGUUAAUCGGUGUUAGUUUAGAGUGCAAUGCUGCAGGAGUAGUUGGAUAUUUUCCUGUGUCAUGUGUGAAAUUGUGCACGACAUUUCAGCGUCCGUGUAUUCAGCAGAUAACCUUUAAAAUCACUUAUUCUGGAGCCUCUGAGGGCGGAGAAAUGCACGCUGCUAAUUGUGAUGUGUCAUCAGAAAGCGGCAGGGGAAGGCCCGGCAUCCUUUCCCCCGUCUCCCAGAGGACACCAUGCAGCUCAGGUCAUUAGCCAUCCUUUCAGGACCCUCGGGAUCUGACUGCAAAUGGCCUCUCCCCCCUUUCCCCCUUCGUCUUUUCUUUACCUUCACUUCUUCUCAUCCUCCUGCUUCUUUCGGGGUUUGUUUGACCUCUCCGCUCAGCUGUCUGUCCAUCUCUACAGCCGAGUUAAAAACAGAGAUGAAGCUGCUUUUGGUUUAUUCGUUUCUUCUGCAGCCUUUUCAAAAAUAAGUCUGUAGGAUGUAGUUAUUUUGGCACAAAGCACACUGUAUUAUUCUUGCAUAAGUACGAGUUAUAUCAUUUUCCAGCUUGUUAGAAAUCAGGAUGACUUAUAUAUAGUUCACAGUCAUUUGCAGCUACACACUGAGUCAUGGUUUUUACUUUAGUUAUGCUGGUGAUAAUAUCAAGCGAGAUGAGUUUGACCUUAGAAAAUUACAAGUGCUCCUUCAAACACAUUAAAUCACCUGUGAGCGUGCUGUUCUGUUCAUACUGAAGGAACAAUAUUGGUCUGCUCCCUCUAAUGACUCUUCGGGGCAGAAGAGCAAUUAGCAAGUCUUCCUUAUUGUCUGCCAGCUACGUCUACAACAGCACACACAGGAACGCCACAGACAGAGCAACAUUGUUUUCUCACAAGAUUUUUUUUUUUAUGUUGCCAAAGGGUGAAUUUGGGAAAGCUGCUCGCCCCCCUCCUCCUCCUCCUCCUCCUCCGCCGCUUCAGUCCAAAUGAUCCCUCAGCCAAUUGGCGAAGGCACUCGCCCGCAUAGUUUUGUCUCUUCCCAUACUCGCUGAAACGGGAGUGUGUGUCAGUGAAUGGAGUUUAUGCACACUGGUGUCACUGGACAAGAUGUUAGGAUAAACUUACACAGCAAUUGGAGGUUUAUUUCUUUUAGUGCCUGAUCACCUCUAGCAGGCUAACCACUGAGUAUAUAGGAUGCUAUGUCUCAUUAGCUGACUACAUAAAGUUCUGUAGUAUAAGGUGACCAGAUUUCUGGAAUAAAAUUCAGGGACAAAUUUGGAUGAUGUGUGUGUGGAUUUAUUGGCUUGGUAGCCCCUCAUAAGAACUAUUGUUUAGGACUUAGCGCUACAUGCUAAUGCUGCGUUCAAGUUGCUUCGGAAGUCAGAUGUCGGAGCUGAAAAUGACGUCACACCCAAGUUUUCAGCGUUUCAGUUACCAAGUUGGAAAAAGCAAAAUGGGAGGCCUGAAACAAGAUGGCUACAUCUACGAAAGUUGUUUUAGCGCUUGCCUUGUCCAAAUAUGAGGCAAGCGCUAAAAUAUCUUUUGUAAAUGUAGCCAUCGUCUGUCUCCUAACCCGACAGACGAUGACGUUUCACAGCCAUUAGGAAUAACCAAUCGGAGCCCAGCACUUCUAGCCAAUCAGAGGUGAAGGAGGCGGGACCUUCCCCUACCAUCUUAUGACAAAACAUUCUGCCCCCCCAUAAUAACUCUUGUGUCGGACUUUGCGCUACAUGCUAACUUGCGCUUCCUACCUGCCCGGCUACUGUAAUAAUCAUUGUUCUAGACAACAUGCAACGUUUUUUCGUCAUUCAUGAAACGCCAAAAUCUGGGACAUAUCCGGGGAUAGCUUUAUCUGGGGUCAAGUCAUCCAAAACAGGUACUGUCCCUGGAAAUCAGGGACGUCUGGUCACCCUACUGCAGUGUUGCGAUAAGGUGGUAAUAACUCUAUUAUAGCGUAGAUAAACUUGUCUUUGCUUGUUGAAAAUAAAAUUCUGAUUACAAAUCAUCGUCAUUAUGCAUUUUUAGUUAACAUAAUCUAUCAUGGCGCUCAGUUUGCAGCCAGGAAAAUCCUCUUCUCUACCUCCAGUUGAUGACAUCUUUCAUAAAGAUGCGCUUUGACAACCUGGGAUUAUCGCUGUUAUAGGACUUAACACUAAAUCAGAGUUAGGUAAUGGAUCUGAGUGAUAACUUAUCAGUAGAAACUGUCUCCGGUGCUGUAACUCCCUAAAUGACAGUGAAGUGUGAAACUCUUUCAUGAAUUACAAAGUUGUGAUUAAUACUUCUGAUUCUGAAAAGUUGAUGUUUAGCCGCCGAUAAAUCCAGGGAUUAGGGAAUCUUAGAGUUUUUGGGCAGCAGCCACAAAAACAAUUUGGCUACAACACUUUUUCCACUCGAUCCACUUUAGACUGUGUACACACUAUUAUAGUAUUGUGCUGUGUUUCUUAAUAGGGAUCAGUUUGCUUUGUGAUACCAAUCUUUUUAAGUGGAGGGUUAAGGGUGGAAAAUAACUUUAAAUUGGGAACACACCGUAAGCUCAGCUCAUAAUAAAUCUACCAGUAAGGGAGUGUGCCUGCCUGCUUGCUGCUCGACCCUCCACCCCGGGAUAAAACCCAUUAGCUGCUCAAAACCCCAUAGCCCUCCGGAGUCUCAUCAGGGCACAAGUUCAUAAAUUACACGACGGCAUGUGAUCGUCUCUGGCACGUCGGUUUCUUCUUUUCCUUCUCCUCGCUCCUUUCUUUCAAUCACAGGAUGUCUCUCAGACGCAGAAAAACAGCGAGGCAGUUUGGCACAAAACACCCAGUUGUGGUAGUAUCAUGAGGAAGUGCCAGAGAAUCUACUCCUCAUCACGUUGUCUCCGCCUUAGGCAUGUACUCGCUCGGCGUUUUAGCUCAGCUAUGGAGUUAAUGUCUUUUUAUUUACGACCCUGAUCCAAAAAAUGCAGAACUGUGGAUCAUUAAGGCUUUUAAUUUAUCAAAAAUAGUUCAAACACUGAAAAAUUUAACUGUUCAAUAAAAAUGUGCUCAAUUUUAGGAUUUGUGACUCAAUGAUUGUUAAAGGAAUGUUCCGGCGUGAAAUUAAUUUAGGGUCAAACACACUGUAACACCGAGUUAGACACCCCCUCGAGAGAUGAAUGUUGCAGACCGCUUGUUUCUCUAGUUAUACCAACUUUAGUAACGACCGCACGAUAGCAAUACACAGAAGUCUGAGGAGCCAUAAACAAACCUCAACCAAAACACCACUCUAUAACCAUGAAUAAUGCUCAGAACAGCACCUAACUUCAUCAACAGGACAUAUAGGGUCCUAACCAUAGAACUAGCCACCAAACAUCUUUUUAACUUCAACUCUUUAGCGAAGAGACUAAACACAACUCACCUACUUUCUUCCAGCAGCCGCUUGUUUGUAGUGAGACCUCAGGCCAGUCCAUUAUGGACUACAGCGGGGUGACGCAGCUCAAGGAAGAACAUUUAUGAUCAUUUCUUCAUCAUUUUCUUGAAGUAAUAAUCCUCAUAUUAAUCAUUUUGCACUGCAGACGCGGUAGUUCUUCUGCCUUAGCGUCUCGGUCUGAUUGUAUUUCCAUUAGGAAAUGAUCAUAAAUGUUCUUCCUUGAGCUGCGAAACCCCGCAGCAGUCUGUAAUGGACUGGCCUGAGGUCUCGCUACAAACAAGUGACUGCUGGAAGAGAGUAGGUGAGUUGUGUUUAGUCUCUUUGCUAAAGAAGUUAGGCAAAGCUAAAAAGAUGUUUGGUGGCUAGGACCCUAUAUGUCCUGUUGAUGAAGUUAGGUGCUGUUCUGAGCAUUAUUUUUGGCUAUAGAGUGACGUUUUGGUUGAGCGCAUGGCUCUCUGUAUUGCUAUUGUGCGGUUGUUACUAAAGUUGGUACAACUACAGAAGCAAGCGUCCAGCAACAUUCAUCUCUAUAGGGGAUUUCUGGUGUUACGGUGUGUUUGACCCUAUAAAUACUACCCUGAAAUAGUUUAAAUGCAAUAAAAGUGUGCACAGUUUUAGGAUUUGUGACUCAGUGAUUGUUAACGUUAUAAUCAUCAUAGGAAUAGGAGCAGAUCUCCUAAGUUGAAACUCCAUCUGCUCACUGCUGCAGCUGUAUUUUCUUAAUUAUGUUGUCAUAAUUAUCAAGAGUUAUUGCUUCUGCUGCUACAGCUCUAAUCUGUUAUUCCUCCUUGACUCUGGUGUGUCAUUGAAUCCUCGAGCUAAUUUGAUUUCAUUCGUUUAUAUUAGUCUCUCUAUCACAUAACCAGUCUGCUCUCUGUCAUUCAGGUGCGUAAAUGUGAAAUAACACAUGUGGCACCCCAAAAACCUACGCCUGCUUUCUGUCCCUCUACACGUGCCGUAACCAGCGCAUCCCCCUCCCCGGCUGCUUUGAGCGGAGGGCUCAGCUGUGUGAGAGAAAAGCGCUGACUCAGGCCCCUCAUAGCCAGGCUGCCUGUGGAAUUUGGAGCAGAGGUGCAAUGUUAGGGAGAACAGCAGCUGUUUAGAUGAGGCCAGGUCUGCCUCUUUGUCUGCUGGUGCCAGCGCGCUUCCAUUCACUCUCCCCCGUGUGUGUGUGUGUGUGUGUCCGUGGAUCUGUCAGUCUGUCAGCUCAUGCUGCUCCGCUCCUGUGUCUUUCUGUCAAACUGCUAUCUCUUCCAUUUACAGAGGAGCUCAAUCUGCUGUACUUCUACACACCUCAUGCUAGUUAUUCAGCUGUCUUCUUUAUUUCAGUAUCAUCUCUUUCUGCUGUCCCUCUUCCCUCUUUAUUCCCUCUAUUUGCUCUUUCCUUCUCUGCCAUUCACAGCCUCUCUGCCCCCUCCCUCCCUUUCUCCAGACUGCUGUAUCCCAGCUCUGCCUGGUGACAGAGAAGGCUGGGUUUGUGUGUGUGUGUGUGUGUGUGUGUGUGUGUGUGUGUGUGUGUGUGUGUGUGUGUGUGUGUGUGUGUGUGUGUGUGUGUGUGUGUGUGUGUGUGUGUGUGUGUGUGUAUUUAUGAAGCAAGUGCUCCAGCAUUGAUGAUUGUGAUUGUGUGUGAUGGAGGGUGGGUGAAAUGGGGGGUUUGCAGCACUUAUUUUCCUCGUUUUGGGCGCUCAGACACUGCAGUCUGCACAUUAGACAGCGUGUUGCCUGAGCAGAAUCCUUAAUAAAGCUCAUGUGCUGCAUGAUCCACACACAUGCACAUGUUAGAUCCUCUGUCUCAUGUUGCAAAUUUCAAAUUAAACGAGGACUCUUCAGGCUGCAGAGCAUGACCUCUUCACAGUGCUGCUGGCUCAGUAAAGGAGAAUUUUGUCGUUAUUGCACGAUGUACAAACCUUAAAUUCAUCAUGUCAUUGCAGCUGCAUGUGCAAGGUUAGCUAGCUUUGUCUUAGUGGUCGACCACGAGUGGUAUUAUUAUUUGAAAUCAAUUUUAGGUCUUUAGUUCACAUGACAUUUAGGCUUUGAAGGAAAACAGCCUUUUGAGAAUAUCAACAAGUAAUUUAUUGAUGGUCCCCUAUUCAACACCCGACGUUGACAGCAAGGGUGCCGAGUAGAUUUAACGUCACGGGUAGAUCCACAGUGAAUGACCGUCAGAUAUCCAACUUAAACUAUCUUUACUGCGUUAUUUACAUGAUUGGUAGAUACCACAUAAUUUAUUAAAUUAGUAAUUCAUUCACUGGUUAUUUUUCUAAAGCUCUGUUCUGUUUUAAAAUCCCUUUUUAUUUAAAAAUAAUGUGGCUGCACUUUAAUUUUUAAAAAAUAAUUAUUCCUAGAUUUAUUUAGUUAAAUUGCAUUUGCUGUUUUUUUUUAUACUGUUCUAUUUGAAAAAGAAAUUGCUUGAAUAUGCAGAAUUUAUUUGUGUUUCACAAAGGGUUUAACCUGAGCCAGAUCUUACCACAAUGAUUAUCAUAUCACAGUCAUACAGGCCUGGUAUGAUAUUUUUUUAUAACAAACUGGUAUCGGAUCGGUACUCAGUAGCGGCCGAUACCUACAGCACAAGUAUCAGAAUCAGGACGGAAAUAUUGGUAUAGGAACAUCUCGUCUUUAAAAAAUCCCCAGAUACAUAAAUAUUAAAACUAUUAUGUUAUUUCACAAUUUUAAAGUGACCAAGAUGACUGAAGAAGAUGAUCAGAGACCACCCUUUUUCUUGGAUAUGCUGAAGAUCUCAUUAAAGUCGCCUCAUUUCUCCGUUGUACUCUCUGUUCCCGCUUGCAGUCGCUGACACUGACUGAGCAUUGACCUUGGCUGUUGGUGCGGUGGCGAAUUUGACGGUGACCCGAUCUAUUUUAAGGCCCGUCUAUAUAUCCGCAGCGCUGUAUGUGAGCAUGUCUCUUGUACUCGCUGUUCUGACCUCCCCCGUCUUCAUAGUGGAGACGCAUGACUCGAAUAAUGUCGGAUGGGAGAGCAUUGUGUCAGCACCAUUCAGCCAUCUUCCACCUGAAUGGCGGUCAUUCACGCCGGUGGGUCUCACAUGCAACUGAUCUGAUGGUCUCCCAGUCGUCCAGCUGGGCUCUGAAUCACCGUGUUGUCUGUGUAGAUUCUUGGUGAUAAAAUGAAGCCCCUGUGAGGCGCCUGGCAAUCUGUUUACACAUUCCCUCGUGAGCUUGUUUCCUCCUCAGCGUCGUUGCAUUCUUCACAGUGAUUUAGCGGUUUGGUGGCGGUGGUGGUAUCGGGUUUGAGAGGGGCUUUGUGGGUUGUGGCUCCAUGUGAGGGAGUUUAUGACCGGUGAUGUGCACUGAAAGACUUCUCAGGAACUGUUUGUGUGACGACGAGAGUUUAUUUUCUUUUGUUACGGUUCCUCUGAAAGUUUCAGUGAAUUUAAUCUGACUUGACGACCACAAACCCCUCCGUCCCUCGUCUCGCUCUCCCUCCUGAGACGUCUCUGGUGGUGGAAAUCCUGCGGUAGCUCCGAUUGUUUUCUACUGAGUCUUUUUGUUACUCAUCUCCAAAUAUAGAGAGCUGCCUCACACUGUUCCCUCUCUGCGCUGAAGGUCAGGAUACAGACACAACAAUUUGACUAGCUGCUGAUGAGUAAAUUUCACCACCCCCAAAUCCAAUGUUUCCCCCCUGAGGCAUCUGAAAUAAGAGUAAUCAGUGACAAAACGACUUGAUUUGUUCCUCUCUCUUCCUGUUUAUUGAUUACUUGUAUUUUAUAGCUGACAGGGUUUGACUUUAACUAAGGCACAAAAGUCUGUAGAUUUAAAAGCAACACAAAAUUCACAUGCAAACCUGCUGUCUGUCUGUGGAAAGGAGCCCUGCUUGUCUAAAAGUUUGUGAUUCACUCUUAUGUUGACAGUGUGGCAAAACUUGAGUGUCAGAUCGCAUAAAGGAUAUUUUUGGAUUUGACCAUUUAAUAACAGAGAAAAGAAAUCAAAAGGAAACUGCAGAGGAAUGUUAAACACACAUGGAGCCGGCUGAGACAUCGGCCAAAUUGAAGAAAACAGUAGGGCUGUAAAGUCCUCGUUGACUGGUAGACUUACCCCCAAUUUCCACUGCAUCAAGAAUGCUACGAAAAGGCCAUAUCCACCGAUCAUCGUAGCUGAUGGUAACCAUUCAAGUUAACGUGUCAAUUUCCACCGGCUUCUUUCCGUUCCGCUGCGGAUCGCCGGACUCCACAGCUGAUCACAAGAGUUCUAUUUUUCCGGACGCUGGAGCAUGCUGGGUAAAUUCAGCACAGAUUAACCCGUGCUGGAAAGGAAGUCAGGCACAGACACAAAAUAAAAUAUCCGGCUUCAUUUCAAAAUAAAACACUGUGUUUCAGGCGGAUCGUAUUUCACACCACGCAAACGGACGGGGACGAACAAGUGAAAGGGUUUUAGAUGUCAUUUCACCCCGAUGACACCAUGGAUGAGGAGAUGCCGAUUCUAGAAGUCCAGAAGUAGAUUUCCUCACAAUCUAUUGCGUUUAUGACUAGCCUCUGUGGUGAAGAGAAAACUGGUUACCGCGCGAUUGCAUGUGAAUCUGUGGGUUUUUGUGAGUUCUCACGAUUACCGCUGUCCAUAAUCCACCGCGAAAUUCAUCUUACAAACAGAUCCAGUAGGAAUUGGCGAAUACUGUGAAAAUCGCUGCUGUUCCUGAUCGGAGCCGUUCCAGAUGCAGAGGGAAUCCCGGGUGAAACGUCGACCAAAUUGAAGAAAACAGUAGGGCUGUAAAGUCCCAGUAGACUGGUCGACUUACUGGCCGACUCGACUUUUUUCCAUGUUAGUUCACAGUCUAUGGAUAAUUUCAUCAGGAGGAACGAACCAAGUGCUAAUGGGGGUGUUUUCAGAGCACCCGCAUUUCACAGGUAACAGCCUGUCUCAGAACACCCUCCUUGUUUUCACCAUUUUGGAUUCACCCUACCCACUGAAAAAUGGCUGGAGACAGGAAGAUUGAUAUCAAGGCAACUAGAAACUUAUCUUUUUAGAUAUGCAGAUGCUAAAUUAGCUUGUGUGAGUUGUCUUUGCAUGAGUGAAUUACUCUCCACUUGGUCCAAAUGUUUUCUCUCCUGUUGCUCAACGUUUAGCCUAAAUUGCUUUGUUGGGUUCCCAUCUGUUCUCAAACUACCUUAUUUGUGCAAAUCUGGCCCCCUCCAGACUCUGUCCUCCUCUGACGGGGAAAUACCGUAAAUGAGGCGUAUCUGUUUAUUAUUGUAAUGAAAUUCUCAAGGUUGGCAAAUUGCUAUGGCACUCAUUAUCCCCCCCACCACAUGCAGUAAUGAAUACAGGGUUUUAUUUCUACUGUUUUUUGCUUUUUAGAGAAGAAUAAGAUGAUACCCUUGCAACUCUGAGGAGGGAGGGGUUUGUUUUUACUGCAGCAUCAUGCAGCAGAGGAUGAGAAUAAAAGGUGAUGCUAAAGUGUAUGUUUGAAGACACUCUAUUGAAGAGGGCAAAGAGCAGCCUGUGGUUUAUCCGAGAGUCUAUGUGGUCACCUAGAUGUCUCAAGUCCUCGUCAAAACAAGGGCCCAUCCCGCUGCAGCCUCCCACGCCUACUCAAUCUGCUUAUCAGUGAGGUCAUUAGUCUCGUAGCUGUUAUCUAGGUGUCUGCCUGCUACCGCCCGGGCCACUGUUUGUUCUUGCAGCUUACACCUCCGGGCCUGAGCUCAUGGAUAAAUCCUAAAUGGAUAAGGCUUGAGUUUUCCCUGGGUAGUUUACUCCCCGGGCGGAUCCUUUAAUUGUUUGGUUAUUGAACCGAAUUAAAAGAAAAUGCAAGGAUGUUGUGCCACAUGGGCAUGGCCUGAUUACUGGUGCCAAAGUAUGCUGCGGUCUGAAGGAGUCACAGUUACAAACUUGGUGAUAUUUUCCGUCAAACUGUCCUCGCCUCGCUCCCAGAAGGUUAGAACUUUCAGGCCGGUGAAAAUGGUAAUACUCUGUGUCAGCCCAAGAUGUUCAGGGAGAGAAACUGCUGCUUCAGAGAUUAAAAACCUGGUUUCCAUUUAUUAUAAGGAUUUAAUGUGCUCACACUGUUUGUUUAUAUAUAUACACUUUCUCUGCGGUAUCAGCAUAGAGAGAUUGGAUCAGGACUGGACUCUGUCCUGAUCUGAUCUCUGCCUUCCAGCAGCUCCAUAAUCUGCCUCUAGCGCUGCACUGCAUCCUCACUUAAAACAUUAUCCUCCUUUUUUGAAGUGGCCACAUGUACACUUCUAUUUUCCUCUGAACAUGAGGCCCGUCCUAACACGCCCAGCUGUUGCCAGAUGCAUAGUUUCAAGUUGCUUUUGGUUACAAGUCCCAGCAUUGACACCUUUCUUUUUGAGGUUAUAAUUAGUAGCCGAGUUGGUCUAUUUUGCUGAAGCAGGGACUAGUUGUGGCCUAGAAAGUGUCUGUUGUGCACGGCUGCAGCAGAGUGUAUAUAUAUAGUUGUAGCACUUCAGUCCCCUCCCUUUAUUUUGGGAACAGCAAAUAGUAAUUUAGUGGUUUUCUCCAGUUUUAAGUGUCAGCUAACUUAACAGCUCGGUCAUUUCUUUUGUAAGAGUCGGGGCCACCACCUGCGUAGAAAAAGGGAAUCGUACUGCAGUUUUUUUGUUGUUUUAGCUGAAAGAGUUCAGAAAUAUCUCUGUGCUUUUUUUCACUUUUUUUCACAGACCUCAACAAUGACCACACGACUAAAGCAGCACAGAAAGCUCAUGCAUCCCUAUUGUUGUAGCUCUGUUUAGAGUUGUAGGUUUUUUUUAAUUUAAUUUAAAAAAAAGCCAAACUUUUUUUUCAGUUUUUUAAAUUUAUUUUUAUUUAUUUAUUUUCUAUAUAGCUGUAGAUUAAAGGGUUAUAAUGAUCCUUUUUUUAUAUAUAUAUUAAAUAUAUAUAUAUAUUUUUUUUUUAUUGUUGUAGUUUUCAGGGUCGUGAUGAUACAUUUAAAGUUUUUUAAACAUUUUUAUUUCCUAAGAUUUUUUUUUAUAUAGUUGUAGUUUUAGAUUGUAAUGAUACAUUUUUUAAUUAUUUAUUCUUCUUUUUUUCGAUUUUUUUAUUUAUUUAUUUAUUUAUAUUUUAUAUAGUCGUAGUUUUAAGGGUUGUAAUGAUACAUUUUUCCUUAAUUAUUUAUUUUUCAAAAAUUUCAAAAAUUUUUUUUAUUUAUUUUUCAUAUAGUCUUUGUUUUUAGGGUUGUAGUGAUAAAUUUUUUAAAAUUUACUUAUUUUUUUCUUAUUUUUUUUCUUUUUAUUCAUUUAUAUAUUUUUAUAUAGUUGUUUUGGGGAUUGUAACAAUACAUUUCAAUUAAGAAAUGACUCAUAUUUAGAUGUCCUUUUCAUUAAGAGUGCAUGAAUACAUCCACAUUCCCGGUAUUACCUGUGCUUAGUGUACUGCACGGUUUCUCAGAGUCAUUAGGAUUCUGACUCUAAAACUGCUUAUUUGUUUAAACAGCUUACACGCCACCAAAUAAGAGCAGGUUUGGGUCAAAUUCAAAUUUAGCUAAACGGACUUGCUGUUUGGUUUAAGUCAGUGUCUGUCAGUAACCAACCAGUGACACGGAAAACUAAAAAUUAAAAUGCAACACCUGUACCAUUCAGUCUCCUGCAUCUCUAGAGGUUUGUCUUUACUUUUCAUAUUGCAGAAUGAUGUUUGUUCAGUCUAAAGAGAAACAUGGAUUCACCUGGUUGUUAAUCUGAGAGUAUUUUGGCCCCAUAAAAGUUGGAGGUCUAGUUUUACUGUCAUGGACUUCAUACAACCCCAUCACCUUUUUCCAUCUGUGCCAAGUCCUUGUAGAUUUUCUCAGUGUCACUCUUCCUGUAAAGCCUUCAUGCUUUAAUUUACUGGGGUGGAUCCAUUUAUAGAUCGGAUGGGAAUCAAACCCUUAAAUGGUGCAGUGUCAGUGUUGGGCUGUACCAGUCGAGCUGUUGUGUAGUUCCAGCCCCCCUUAUUUUCCAUGAGUGCUGACAUCCAGAGAGAAAAAAAAAAAAGGACAAAGGAUGAGCGGCGCAGAAAAGGCCGUAGGAAACUUGUGCUGUAAUAUCUGUCAGAGUGUUGUGACAUGUCAGGGCUGGAACACCACCAGCAGUGAAAUCUUACUUCUCUUUGAGUGUCUGGCAGCUUGAAUUCGGCUGAUCUUGAAAUUUACAAGGUGCUGCUUGAAGUUGACAGCGUGCCACGGUACAGCUCCGGUCUUGGACGUGCACUUUGCCAGCUUUACACAUUCGGUAUUGGAAAAACUUGCCUGCAGUUCUGAACCUUCCCACAGCUUGUGCCCGGUAUUCCCUCGCUCCGGGUCUUGUGGUGUUUUUCCCUGGCCUGUGAAGGCACUCGCACAGGCUGCCAUAAAAGUCAUUUGUUCCUGGGAGUCAUCAGCAGGUGUUCCUGCAGGAGAUUCAUACAGCUGUCAGUGUCUGUUUCUCAGGUGGCCACCCUCAGAGCCUGUGAGUUGAAGUCAGAGCAAGCAUUAGAAGUUAUCUAUUGUUUCUUUUUUUUAAUUUAUUUAUUUACCCAUUUUUUUUAAAUAAUAGUAGAUUUUAGGGUUGUAAUGAUAUUUUUCCCCUUUUUUAUUUUUUUGCUAUCUUUCUUUUUUUUUGUUUUUUUUAAUUGUCAUAGUUUUUAGGGUUGUAAUGAUACUUUACUUUUUUUCUUUUUCAAAAUUUAUUUAUUUAUUUAUUUAUUUUGUCUGCCUUUAGGUUUGGGAUAUCUGUCCAUUUUUCUAGAUUCUACACUUCUUACUAUCGUCCCAUUCAGUCUUCUGCAUUUCUACAGCUUUGACUAAGCUCUGUGAAUUAGGUAUCAUAACACCCUUUAUGAGGAUUGUUUUCGUGACUCGCACAGUGCGAUACUAUCCUACUUGAAUUUCUGCCACCUUAUCGCAGCCAUCUUUCUGUUACUAUCAAUACCUUUCAGAGGAACAAUGCAGCACCUGGUGUUUCUACCACCAACAGAGUGGCAGACAGGGAGGAAAGUCAGCCAAGCUGGGUAUCAUGGCCUGGCAGGCUCCUCUCUCUCUCUCUCUCUAUCUCUCUGUCUCUCUCUCUCUACAGAUGGUAUCAGGAGAUUGUUGACACAGAAUUGUGUAAAUCAACGUGUUUGCAGAGUGGGUUGAACAGGUCGAUGUACAGGCCUGGAGAAUCCUUUGAAGCAGUGAGAACACUUCCUGUGCAGACAGACAUCAGAGAGCGGUGAAGCCCGGCCCCUCCAAGGCCCAUUUUCUCACGUCGCUGGCCUGGGUGUAUGCUCACCGCUCACUGCUCACUGCUCACUGCGGCAGACUUUGCUCUGUAACACACUCUCGAUCUGAUCUAUUGUUUCGUCAGGGCCCGCCCCUCUCCUUCCUUUGGUGUUUGCGGUUUCUUAAUAUUUUGGGAACAUCCUGUUUGUGUGUUUAAUGCCAUGGGGCACAGCUUGUUUAGUUUAAGGACUCUCCGACCAUCCCUGCCCUCUUAUUAGUGGGACAGGACAAGAAAGACGCGUGAGCGGAGGAGGAGGAAGAGGACAGACCGAGGAACCCAGUGAGGAGGGUCUGAGGCGAGCUGUCAGAUUAAAGAUCAGAGAGGGGAGGAUGGAAACGAAGGGAUGAAGAGAUGGAAAGAGAGGGAAACGGGUGGGUAUGAUGGCAGGGAAAGGAAAACAGCACCGAGGGGAACUUGAGGUUAGCAGGGGUGGGGUGGAGCGGAGGGGGUUGGGAUUAUUGCAGACAGACAGCACUGGGAAUUCUGGUGUCACUGGUGUGCAGCCUAGCAUUAAAUGCACUUUAAUGCUUCCAGGCAUGUUUACAUGCUCUGUAAGUGAUUCCCUGUUUUCCCAUAAAUUUCCAGUGCUUAACAGUGAUUUAAUGGAAUAACCCUAACUCCCAUGGAGGCUGGCACGCAUCAUAAAUGGUAAAAACCCCGUGUUUGGGCCUGUGGGAUCAGACUGUCACAGCUGUGCAUGUGCCGUAUGAGACAGAGAAAUGUUUAGAAAUCACGGAAAGAGUCCUGCUUCUAUUUUCAUCUGUAAUUUAGUUAUUUACUGGAUUUUUUUAAAGCUCCUUGCGCUUGAAUUGCUCAGAGGGUUGUGUUUUUGAAGGGCCUCUGGCACUGACUCACUUUCCCUUUUAAGGACUAAGUUAUCAGAUUCACACACACUUUCCCCGAUGACCUCGGCACGCUAGUUAUUCGGCGCUUAGUCGUAUUUAUUUCUUCUGUUUCUAAACAGGAAGCACUUUUCGCACCGAGACAGCUUUGAUUUCUGAGUUUGGCUUCUGCUGCAAAUGAAUGCCUUAUUUCCUCACAUUGGACUAUUUUUAGAUUGAUCUCAACCCUAAACCAGUCCUCUCAGUUUAAGAGAGAGAGCUGGCAGGUACAGCUCGAGUUGGACUCAGGGACCCGCUGACUUGGAGGGAUCGAAAUGUCACAUAGCCAGUCUGAACUUGACCGGACGGCUUCACAAAAAACUGCAGAGCGACACAUUUUUGACCUAAAAAGUCCUUUUGAAUGAAAUCAUAUUUUCUCCGUCAGGGUUUAUUCAUCAUCUCCUGCUGCCCUUUUAUGACCCUGGCCGAGUUAUUCAGUCAUAUCAUUAGCUCCUUUUUUAUGACGCAGAGUGUUUCCUCAGUAAAGGUUUACCCAGAGCGGGAAAACUCCCAACCUGCUUAUGAGGUGUGAUAAGUUCACCCCCUCCAGCGGUCCCGCCGCGGUCAGCGAGAAGGAGAGGCCAACCCGGGUAUAUUACUCAACCCUUUUUUUUUCCUCCUUGUCCUGGAAAGCCUCUCUCUCUUUUUCUCCAUCCUCAUCUCUCUCUCUCUCUUUCUCUUUCCUUCUUCCUUCAUCUCUCCGUCUCUCCUGCAAGCAGCAUUUUUGUGUCAUUACCUCACUGUGGUUGUAAAUAAUCCACGUUAUGGCUUCCAGAUGUCCCUCCUCCGUCCCACACUGGAACUGUGGAUGGGGUUGGUUUGGGGUGCUGGUGUAAGGCUUAGACACUUACUGUAACUGGCUCAGCUGCUGACUGUGUUCUCCGUCUGUCACCCGUCUCUCCUGCCCAGACCUGCUUGAGAGUUUGUCUUGAGUUUUUUUUUUCCUGCUAUUGUUUUUAUCACAUUAUCGUCUUUUUUGCCGUUAUUCCUGAGAGUGCGUUUGCCCUUGAAGCGAUGAAAGGGUUCAGGACAGCUGGACAGAAUCUGAACUUUCCUGUUUCAUGUUUGAGCUUGAGUGCUGCUCUGAUUCAUGAGAGCUGGACUCUACACUGCAGAAAUUUCUCCAUAUGUGAAGUUAACAUUGAGGGUUGUUGGUGUUAGGGCUGGGCGAUAUGGCCUCAAAUCAAUAUCACGAUAUAUUGAGCAGUUCACCUCGAUAACGAUAAAUGGACGAUAACUACUUCACAAGUUGCUCACCCCCUCCUACAUUAACUUUGUCUACUUCAGUCGCCGCUCCAGCCAAUACAACUUUUGAACCGUCCUCCAUCUCCUCACCUGUCUUUCCCUCUUUGUUACGGAUUGGAUGGGGUGGAGUCAUGUCUCUGACGUAGGACAGCGUCUUAAAGGGACACGAGACCAUAGCCUACCUACACACAUCCAAAACCAACUUUGAUUUAUUUAUACUGAUAUAGGCAAAUGACGUUGGUUAUCGUCAUAGAUUUCGGUUUAUCGCCCAGCCCUAGUUGGUAUUAAUGAGUAGUUGGUUGAACCAAGUUUGCAAUUCGAUUAUCCAUCCAUUACCCAUACUGCUUGUCCUGUUGGAGUUUGGGUGGCAGUGUACAUCCUAGACAGGACACCAGUCUGUCAACCAGACAUAUUUGCUCUUACAGGCAAUUUACAGUGACCAAAUAACCGAACGAGCAUGUGUUUGGGCUCUGGGGAGAAGCUGGAGGGAACCCACGCAUACAUCAGGAGAACACGCAAACAUUUCAGUCCAGGAACUUUCUCGCUCUAAGACAACAGUGCUCACUGUGCGCCUCUGUGCAGCCUAUUUAGAUUCAUAUUAGCAGAUAUUGUCUCUCUGGGGUGGUUCUGGCUCCUUCAGUCCGUUUAAAGGGUAGUGGUUUUAUCCUAAAUCCCAGUGGACACAAGAUGAAGUGUCCUUGAGCAAGACUCUUGACCCAAUCUGCCCCCGCUGGCUGUGCCCAGUGGUCCAUGAAUGGGAUUAGUGAAAAACCGAUGGGUGCUUCACAGAACAGGCCCUGCCAUCGGUGUGUGGAUGUGAAUGGGUGAAUGUGGCACAUGCUCUCCAAGAGCUCUGAGUGCUCAGAAGUCUGUGAAAAGCUCUUAAUAAACAGCUCAGCUUGUGUGACCAUAAAUGCAGAGAGUGGGUCAUGAUUAUGUUAUAAUGUCACACUCAGCAGAUGGUGCAAAUCAUCAGCAUGCAGAGCACAAUGGGAGGCACACUGGUGGAGCAGUGGUGCCACUUUCUGUUGCUUUUUUAAUCGUGUGUUUUAACAUUUUUGAAGUCGCUGGUUUGAUAAAAAGAUUUUAGGACAAGUGGUGACUGAAGAGCAUUGGCACUCAUCUCUGCAAACUGGUCACAGGCAGGGUGGCCAAACACAGGUCAAGCCUCCCAAAAACAGAUAUGUGCAAAUUAUAGGGCCGGGCGAUAUGGCCUCAAAUCAAUAUCAUAUCAUAUCAACAUCUGACAUAGGACAGACCAUAACUUCCCUACACACAUCCAACACCAACUUUAUUUAUUUGUUUUUCUGACACUGGAUAUAUUGACAUGGGCAUCGGUUUAUCGCCCAGCCCUAUUGGAUCCUCAGCUUCAUUAGAAGUACUAUGAGAAAAAUAAUGCAGAGGUCAGACUGUGGACUCCUUUUGUCUGUUAUGAAUUUGGGAUUAGGUGAUCGGAGUCAAAAGUUCUCAUCAAACAAUCCACAUGAUGAUGUAGGAAUGGAGGAGGCUGGGCAUUUGCAUGUGUUUACAUCUUGAAUUUCAAAAUAAAAGUCUUAAGAGCCGGCUGUAAAUUUCGGUAUCGGUAAAUUUUCUGCUUAUUUCCCAGCCCUAUUAAGACCUGUGUUGUUUUCCCGAAGUAUCUCUCGAUAUGUUCGACCCACAGUGUUUUGUAUUAUAUUGAGCACAGGGCCGACCCAAGAAUGGUGGACGUUUGUAAAAAAAAAAUUUGAUUUCUCAUAACAAAUAUUCUUAUUGUGCAUAUUUCCACAUAUGGCAAUAAAAACAGUCGACUGUGUAAUAUCGUCUAAAUAAACAGUUUAACAAUUGCAAAAACAAAACAAACAAAAACACACCGGCCAUAUGUUGGUAGCUGUGUCUUCUCAAUCAACAUUUGCUCUGCAGGGUGUAGCACGCAUCUGAAAGUGUGAUGCGUCAGGUGACUGUUUAUGUUUGUUUUUACUGAAAUAUUGACUGAAGUCGUGGGUGUGCCAUUUUUGCACCAAAGAACACAGAAUAUGAAGCACACCCACAGAAAUAAUCCCUGAACCAGUCAUACUUUCAUCCGUCCUCUGAUAGGGUGAACCCUGGACAGGUCAGAGGGCGGACCAGGCACAGUUACACUCACACCUACAAGCAAUUAAAACCACCAAUUAACCUAACGAACCAGCUUUUGGACUGUGGGAGGAUUUGAAUGACAUUCAAACAUGAAAAACAAGAUCAUUUGUUUCAUCGUAGAGUGCUUAAGUUGCUCUUACUGCUUGAAAAGAUAGAAACAGUGCUUGUGUAACAGACAGAGAGACAAACACACAUUUCCCAUGAACACACCCUGCAGGCAUAGCAUGGAAGAGAUCCAUUUUGAGGCCGGCUGUGAGCGCCGAGCAUAUCAUUUGCGGGACGGCAGCUAAGUGAACACAUUUGCCUGUAGUUACCGAGUUUCACACAGAAACGGCUCUGACGGAGGGAGAUGGGGCCUGAUAAGCACUCAGCGUUUUGGGCUAAACCAGUCUGGCUAUGUGGAUUAGCUGGCGUCACUCAUGUUUUUCCAGUUUCGCUGCAUCCUUAGGCCUUGUGCUGAACAUGUGUGUGUAUUUUUGAAGUGUAGGGAAAUCCUGUGUUUGUGUCGGUGUAGUUUGUUGUGUUUUUGCGGGAUGGAUGAGCCCUCCACGAAACAGGCAGCAUGCUAAUGUGACUGACAUGUCGUCUUUACCGUACCCUGUGGAAACAAAGAAGUCUGUUCACCAUCAUCAGUGUUGCCGUUGGAUCCCACCACACCUUGUCAUAACAACAGUUGCCAUGUGUAUAUUUUUUUAAUGAGUAAAGGUAUACGUGUGUUUUCCUCUGGAUGCACAGGGAAAUACAGACACAUUGAUCCCUUAGUGAAAAUAUGUUGACCCUGCACACUUGUAGAAUAUGAGUUACAGCUUCUUUUUAUAUUCAUAAACCACGACUGUUGAACAGAGCGCUCAUGAGUUUUCUUUUCCAAGAAAACAAUUAAUACAAUCCCUGUGAGUGAGCGGUUUUCCACACCAAGAACGAGUCACUAGCUGUGUGUGUGUCAGAUGUGAACGGGGCCUGCUCUGCGUGUGUGCGCACAUAUUUGUAUGUGUCUAUGUUUGUAUGUGCGCUUUGUUGUGGACAGGGCCUGUGGUCUCCUGGCUCAGAGAUGAAAGACAUUUCUCAUGUGGCUGGUUUAGCGGAGCCCCUGAGUCAGCAUGCAGCUACUAAUCAGGGUUUUCUCCCCGCUCAGCUACCCUGACUCUCUGGGCCCGCCACCGCCGCCGCCGUGUUAGUUCUGGCUUGCAUAAUGAAGGGAUACCGGCGUUGUAACCUUUGGUGUACCGUUGACCAAUCCUGACUGUCAGAUCAGGGUUUGAGAAAGGCAAAAUGUGGCGAUGGAGUGAAAAUAUUGAGAGUUAUUAGUUUGACUAUAGAUGCUGUCAGACUGUCCGCUGAGUCUGAAGCCUUUCUUAAACCUUUCUUAAUGACCCCACUUAUGUGGCCGCCAGGAUAUAGAACAUGCUGUCCAACAGUUUGAGCUCAGCAGAGGCUGUGUUCGAAGUUGUGAAGAACGGACGGUCUUGGGACUGGUGUCAUCCCCGAUUCUUGUUUGAAGUUGAGGAAUCUUUUUAGGUUUGUUUUUAAAUGCAUGAUUAUGACCUCUCUCUGCAGCUGAAACUGGUGUUUUCUUGCACCUGUGUACAGGUUGAACAGAGUACCAUGCUAGCUGAGUGGUAUGUAGGGAUGGGUGAUACUGGCCAAAAGACUUGGCGAUGGUGGCGAUGAAAGUCCCAAUAAAAAUUAUAGGUCUAAUUUAUAUUUUUUACUCAUUUUGUCUUGAGAACACCAGUUGGAAUAGUAAAAUAAGAUACUUCACCGUGUGGACUAUGGCUGCAAGUCUGUCGCUCAUGCUUACGUCAUCAACUCGCAUUUAUCGUAUUUAUCAUGAGAUGGCAAAUAUCUAACAUAACACCUAUCCCAAGUAUUAUGUUUGACCUGCAAACGUUCAGCUUCAGUUAGAUGCAGUUAAAACAAUUACGAAUGCAGUGAGCAGUACCUUCAGUCCAGAGCCUAAUGAUGGUAAAUCUAACUUGGUGCUUCUGGGCUGAUCCGUCAGCUGUAUCGGCAGCUAACCAGCAGUUAUUCUGUCUGAAUUAAUAAUCAUGAUGGAACUAUUUUUCUAAUAUCACGCGCCAAAGAUUCCAUUAACGCUGCGCCGUAAAUAAAAGGAAUUUGGAGAGUGUAUUUUACCUUUCAGCUGUCUUGACUGCUGUUUGGAUCUGAUUUGACGUUUCUAAUGAUGAAACUCUUAAGGUCUUUCCAGGUCAACAUAUCAUAGAUUUUCCUCCAUCCUGGUUUUUAUGGGUUUGCUGGAAGCUUUAAUAACAGGGAGGCACAAAGAAGACACAGUGAGAAAGCUGUAUUUAUUUAUAUAACAGGAUUUAUCAGGUACAUCUGACAGUGUUAAUAUUCUUACUCUGCAGUUAUUCAGUCUUGAACUUUUGCUUUGGGGUACGGGACUCUUCAGCCGUCCCUGCUCCCUUCUUGGCUUGUGUUUCCAGCCGGCAGGUCAGCUGUGAGCGGAGUCAGAGUCAGAAGGGAGUGUAGAUGAACCGUGAGUGACCUGUUUGUUUUCUUACUGCGGGCAUUUCUCCGUUUCACAGUGGGAGAUUGUUCGUCCCUUAAACACUCAAGGUUCUGUAAAGUCACAGUGACGAGAUGUGUUUAGCGUGAUGUUUAAGACACACACUCACACACACAUGGAGAGGAAACUCAUAAACUAUGAAGGACGCUUGUUUAGUCGAUGUGGAAUCUAGAUGUAGAUGUGCGCUGAUGAUUAUUUGUUAUGAUGGUGAAGUAGAGAGUCAUAUUGUGCUUCUCAACACUAUCAGAGUGUGUAUCAGUGUAAAUCAUUCGACUGACCUUGGUGAACUUACAGCCAAUCCAGGUUAUCCUUGGCCUGCUGGGAUCAUGUAAACCAGGAAGUGUUUGAAUGGCCCUCCACAAAUGAGGGAAACGCCGACUUUGUUAGCCGCAGAUGGAAUCUCUUUAGCCUUGUGAGAGAACGCCGGCUGCACUUACAAAUCCCUCCCAAGUCCUUUUUGUCCACGAGGAACCUCAACUUCAGACGAACAAUAGCGACCUUUAUCAUCCAGUCUCGCCGUGUCCGGCCUCAUGUGCUGUACGGAUUUAUACAUGAUCACCAACAAAAUGAUAAACAUUUAGAAACGGUGGCCUUUUAUGGGUGAUUGAGGCACCGUCAGUUACUUCCUCUGUGAGCCGGGUUCAGACGGUUUUCUAUUUUUGAAUUAGCGACAAAGGAAAUGCCAGAGCUCCUUCAAAAUAAAAGAUGUAAACACACACAGUCAGGGUCUUUCUUUCUUCUGAGUGUGAUUUACUAACUUUUAAACUGUUUUUAAAACCCGUACUUAAUGCCAGCAAAACAAAACUAAUCUGCUUCUUAAGGUCAAGAGGACCGCUGCUGCUCUUGUUGGUGGUUUCGAGCGUUUUCUCUGAACAAAGAAGCGACUGAACUUGUCCUAACAGACCAAUGCUUUUUUUUUUCUUAAGUGUAAUCUCUCCUCUAACUAUCAAAUAGAGUAUCUUCAACAUGUGUCUGGGUUUUAACAUGAGGGUAAAAAGGUGACGCUUGUAGCGGCAGGAGGAGGAGGAUUAUUACCUGAAAUGUAAAUUUAAGUUGUUGGGUUGCAGUAUUAGUAUUUUGUUUCUGGUUAAAGCUCCUGUGAGAACUGGACUAAAGUUCGUAUUGAUGCUUUUUAUGAUACCAAAAGCAAAACAGACCAUCAGCAACAAGAUAAGAAUUUUCUACGACUACUUUUGUUGCCUGAAACUGGUGCGAAAGGAUGAAAGUCAGCCAAGAAGAUGAAGAAAAAGCCCUUUUUUAAUAUUUCUAUGUUGAAUAUUCACAAUAAAUGAUAAGUUUGACUGUCAGAAGUCAGCAGGAUGGCAUUAUUUGUCAGAAGAUGCUAUUUAAGCAUGUAAAGGACAUGAUAAACAAAGACUGCUUUGUCCACAGGGGGCGCCAAAAUUGACACAAACUAAAAAAUCCUCACAGGAGCUUUAAUGUGGUUGCUAUGGCGUAUAUGCCUGUUCAGGGUGUAUUUUUAGAUAGUUGUAUGAUAUGGCUUAAAGGUGUCUUAUAUUUUCUUCUAAUAUUUAUUCAGACAAAUCAAAUGGCCAAAUACUAAAUCAGACUAAAUAUACAGUCAAACUUUUAUCUGCUGUCUUUGCUCAAAACCCAUAAUGCAUCACUGAUUUCCAUAUUAACCCGACAUCUUUUGUCCUUUUUUUGUGUUAACAGCGAAACCCUUCACCUCCAAAGUGAAGCAGAUGCGCCUCCACAAGGAAGACUUUGAGAUCCUGAAGGUGAUUGGACGAGGAGCCUUCGGAGAGGUAAUAUACACUUUGGUUUUUACGCUCAGCAUAACCACGGAGCAAUCUAUUACCUAACAGGUUGAGAACCUGCAAUUUGGGUUUCCCCUUUUUUUCUCUUUUGUACAAGAAACAGGUGUUAAAGGGUUAGUCUGGAGUUUUUUCUCAUGGACUUCAGCUUCACAACAAGACAAGAGGACUCUUUAAACCGUAAAGUAAUAGUUUGGCUCAACUGGUAAAAGUGACAGUAGAUUAAUUUCUGCUGCAUUCCAGCAACACUGCGCACUAUUGGUCUUCUGGACGAGCAUGACUCUACUUGCAGCUCGAACAAAACGCUUGAAUUCCUCCUAACACCUAACCUCCUGAACGAUAUUGAUGGUUCGCCUGUGUGGCAUUCAUGAGUGUGUGUUUAUUCAGCGCUCUGCAUUUAUGUGCCUGUAGGGAGGUUGAAAUACUUUUGUCACUGGGUUUCAGGUAAUGAUGUCAAAGCUGGGGAAUGUUGAAGGGACAGGUAUUGUGGUCCUCAGCCAAGUCUCUUGCAUAAUUUCAGUGUCCCGCAGAGACCUUAGUUCUUCAAAUCUAAGGUCUCUGCAGUGAAGGAAAAUUAUUUACCCGGUGAAAGCAGGUCGGAUAAAACAUGAAUCAGAUGAACAUGAUUGUUAAACCCACAAGAAAGUGAAUUCCAGAGGCGGAGAGAGAAACCAGCAACGUGAGAGAUGAAGUGAUGGAUGGAGAUAGAUGUGGGCACACCUGUCCGCCUGCAUGUAGCUGCAGUACCACCACAGAAAUCACGCCAAAAUACAAAUGUGCUCUUUUAGUGUCUGGAAGGAGUGCUGGUGUGAGUCAUAUGCGUGUGUGUUUGUGUGUAUGUGUGUGUGUGUGUGUGUGUGUGUAACAGGCCUGUUUUGCUCUGGGAUGUUGUGUGAAUCACGAACAGUGUUAACUUGUGGGUGACAUUCCUGCGCUGUUUCACGUAGUCAGCUGUCCUGGUGCGAGUUUUACAUGACAGGAAGAUUAAAUUAGAGGUUAAAGAGGUUUCAUUGUUUUCAACUGCUCGGUAGAAAAUACUCUGGUAUAUACUUUGGUAACUUCUUUGUACAUUAUUACAGUUUAUUUUUAAGUUUUUUUCAAGUUCUCUGUGAGUUUCAGACAGAAAUCAGAUAAAAGCAGAAAACUCUGAGGGAGUUUAAUGACUUUACGCUCACUUUCCUGAAACUGUAAUGGUGGUACGAAGUAGACGAAGUUAAUGUGGGAGGGGGUGAGCAGCUUGUGGAGUAGUUAUCGUCAAUAUAUCGUGAUAUUGAUUGAGGCCAUAUCGCCUAGCCCUAAUGUGAAGUUUGCGCAUUUUGUAAGAAAACAGUAAAAACCACAUUCUAUCCAGUCUCCUGGUCUUUCAGCUCUACCUUCAAACUAACCUUUAUUUUUAUAUACGAGCAUGACCUAACAGACUGUACUCAUGUUUUCAUGAUAUUCAUGGUAGAAGGUCAGUGACAGAGACCAUGUUUACACUUGUAUGAGUGAUCGGAUCAAGAGUGACAAUCCUGAACUCCAAUCUUUCUUCUUCAUCUGUUGGACAUAUUUACUUUACUCCUCUCAAGCAAAGGUGUGGCCUGUAUUCAGGACAGGUGAUGACAGAAACAGACUAGAGCAUGUCCAUGUUUAUUCUAUGAGUGUAAUUUAUUAUUACAGGACAGUUCACAUCAGUUACUUCUUCCAGUCUAACAAUCAUUGUUUUGACUUUUCUCCGUUAUCAGAGAAUCUGUGUCGUCGUUUUAUUUCAAAGAGGAGCAACAGGAACAUCAAACAUUGUUUUAGUCUAAUGAAGGUGAACGGGGCACGGUGUUAAUUUGCAUCUAAAGUGGGAAAGAGAGAUCUGAUCACAAAUGUUCACAGGCUUUAAAAUGUCACAAGGGCAGUCAAAUCACAUCUGCAGGUACAGACGCACUGAAGUGAUGAGUGAGAGUGAUAAUCUUUGUACGAGUCUAUUUAUAGUCUUAAGUGUAAAAUUGAUCAUCCUAACCCCUAAAAUGAACAUAAGAAGUGUGGUGUCAUGUUUUCAGGGAUUAAUACUGAAGUAGGUUUCAAAUAAGAGAGAAAAAAACACAUUUUAUUGUCAGCUGUUCUUUUCUUUUUGCCUCGGUAUCAGAAGAUAAAUCAAACAUUUUAAUACUAGUAUUUAGGGCUGGACGAUAUGGCCUCAAAUCAAUAUCACGAUAUAUAUUGAUCAGUUCACCUCGAUAACGAUAAACGGAGGAUAACUACUCCACAAGCUGCUCACCCCCUCACACAUUCAGCCGCUACAACUUUUGAACCGUCCUCCAUCUCCUCACCUGUCUUUCCCUCUUUGUUACGGACUGGAUGGGGUGGAGUCACGUCUCUGAUGUAGGACAGUGUCUUAAAGGGACAUGAGACCAUAGCCUACCUACACACAUCCAUAACCAACUUAUAUUUAUUUAUCUAUUUGACACUGAAUAUACCGAUAUGGUCAAAAUGAACUCAGUUAUUGUCGUAAAUUUCUGUAUCGGUAAAUGUUCAGUUUAUCGCCUAGCCCUACUAGUAUUAUUUAGGUGUUGUAAAUUCCCUAAAUGGCCCUGAAAGUAGGUUAAAGGAUAAUUAAACUGGGAAUCAGUUUUUGAGAUUUUUGAAAAAACGUAUCAGACUUCAAGGAACAGCUAUAUAGACCGACUCAGGUGGACGGACACAGGAAAAAGACGUAAAGAAAAAUGCCCAAGCAUCAGACAGGAAGAGAGGAGAGCUUGAGUGCAGGAUGUUUUGGUUCCAUCCUCCUAUUGUCAGCAGCAGAUGUGUGUACUGACUGAGCGUCCAAGAGCUCCCUGAACUGCGAGAGUUCUGCUUGUAUGACUCGAUUUGUCAUGUGUUUGUCAUCAAGAUAGCUCCACUUCCGUGGUAGAUCAUCUUUUUAAUGGUUAGAUUGAGUCAAUAAAGUUAACUACACUUCUUAAAAUACCUCUUCAAACCGAUAUAGUUAAAUUUAGAUAUAUUAAUCCACUUUCCCAAGUAAUGAAUCCUUGUAACAUAACAUUCUUUAAUAUGUGACUUUCUCCAGAGAGCGUGAAGCGAACCCUCCUCUCCGUCUCCCCUGCAGCGGACACUUAGCUUGACUGACAGGAAGAGAUGCAGGAAGGAACAGUGGGGUGAAGGAAUGAGAUGCAGGAACAAAACAGAAAAAAAAAAAUGUCAGCAGUGGCCAAGAACAGUGCGCUCCCCCCCCGUCCGUCCGUCCUCCUCUCUUCCUCCUCCUCGUUCCUCCUCUCCUCUGCGGAGGGAUCACUAGGGGAAAUCCAAACACUGCAGGAAUGUUAUCAUUGUAUUGCAUUAGCAGCAUUCCCCGGCUCAUUUAAUAGACUACAGACCCCUCUGUUGCAUGGGACGCCUGUGUUUGUUUCACUUUUCUUCGGCCCGUCCAGCGCACUUCUAAAUUCCUCUCUGUCUGUUUAUUUGGGUUUUUCUUUUUUUCAAUUUUUCCAUACAUUUGAAUGUAGUUAAAUGUGAUAAGGCCUCAUUAAAAUUUAACUGUGUGUAUAAAAAAUAAAAAAAGACAUGAUCCAGGAUGUGAGCUUGUAUGAACAUGUGCACUCUCUGGCUGUCAGCUCGCAGCGGUCUGUCACAGCAGCUCCUUUUUUGGCAAAAUGCAAAGGCAGAGUCGGGGAAGCUUGACAUGGUACUGUUGGACAAUUAUCAGGGAGGGGAGAGCUGGCAGUUGUUAUGUUGUUAAGGCAGCACAGGAGGGUAUGAGAAGGAAACGCUGUUUAGAUCUCACAUAUUUUCAACACUUAUAUAUACUGUGUGUUUCAAAUGUGCUUUGAGAUUUGAUGCCAGUACUCUCUUUAGUUCCCGUUUUUCAGAAAGUCCCUGGAACGUGUCUCAGAAACGUUUUGUUGCUGUUCUUCCUCAGAGAGGGUGUGAGACAGACUCCCACACACUGACAACAUUUUUUUACACUUUCCUGUAAGCCGUGAAGGUCUGUCGAAUAAGUGACCUCUUUACUCAAUUUUUAAAAAAGGAAAAACUAAGAACAUACUAACUUAAAAGUCCCACUCCGAUCUUUUUUACUACUUAAAGUGUUCUCAGUGGUUUUUAAAUUGUAAUCAUGAAGUUUGUACCAAAAAUCACCUUAAAGUGCUUUUCUUCUGCUGAGCUCCAGUAGAUCAUUAGCAGGGGGAUAUUCGCUGUUACCUCCACUCUUUUACUGCCUCAAGAGCUACGCUGUUACAUUCAUGUCACGUUAUGGAUCUUAUGUUACGUUACGUUACGUUAUGUUACCCAUUGCGUUCGGGUUACCUCAGAAGUCAGAAGUCCAAGCUGGGAAUGACGUCACACCCGAGUUACCAGCGUAAGUCGAAAAAAGGCAAAAUUGGAGGUGGAAACAAGAUGGAUAUAUCCAUGAAAGUUAUUUUAGCUCUUGCCUUGUCCGAAUAUAAGCUAGGACAAGGCAAGCGCUAAAAUAACUUUCGUAGAUGUAGCCAUCUUGUUUCCGCUUCCGAUUUUGCUUUUUUUCCGACUUGGUAACUGAAAUGCCGAUAACUCGGGUGUGACGUCAUUUUCAGCUCCGACAUCUGACUUCUGAGGUAACUUUAACGUAGCCUAAUUCUAUGAAUGCUAUUAAUGCUACCCGCUAUAUAGACCAUGUAUGAGCUUCAGCGUUACCUUUCAUGUUGAUGCAAGAGGGUCCGACAAGAUUUGAUGCACUCGUUGAAGACUUAAAACAAGUCGAAAAUAACGUUGCGUGUAGUUUUGCUCACACAGUGCAAGUGGAAAUCAUUAGCUGCAUUACCUGCCGUGUUUACCUCUGGUUUAUGAACAUAACUUUUAAUUCUGAGAAGACUUAACUCUUGAAAUGAGGACGAUGAUCUGAUGUUUUGUUCCCUGAUGUUCAAGUAUCACAGGAAACAAUGUGAAAGAAUGUGACAUGAGCUCAUAGGCAACAUGAUCUCCUGAGCGAGUCCUUUAACCGGGCGAGUGUAAGUGCAGUCAGCUGAUUCAGAGUCUGUCAAUCACACAGCCAAGGCCGGGUUAUAAUGUGGAUUCCUGCUCUAAUAAGAUGAGAUUGUUGUGUUCCCUUAUCUGAUGGUAAAGUAAUACUUAAGGAGAUGAUUGAAAAUGGCUGUCCGCUGUAGGAGAGGCCUCAUCUCUCUCAUCGGCCUGCUUUUUUGUACAUCUAAAAAUCUUUUGACCCACAAUUCAAAGAGUUUACAACUAGCAAGGAGGAAACCUAAAUGGUGUUAAAGUAUCCAGCUGUGUGUGUGAGUGUGAGUGUGUGUUUAUGGCGGUGUGUAUUUGUGUGAAUCCAGGUGGACAGCAUCUGUCGGCCUUUUAGGUCAACGCCGUCUGUGAUCAUUUCUUCUCCUCCUUUCUUCACUUCUUUUCUUGAUUUUCUGGAUCUGAUUUUUUACAAACUAAAAUGUCUUAAACUUGUUUGUAUAGCUGUGAAAUUUCACGUUAUAGUUCUGUCAAAUGUUUAAAAACAACUUUUUAAUCUUGUUUUUUUCUUCUUUUGCUCACACAGGUUGCAGUUGUAAAAGUGAAAAACACUGACAAAGUAUUCGCCAUGAAGAUCCUCAACAAAUGGGAGAUGCUGAAGAGGGCAGAGGUGAGCGUUUAUUCAAUUAGUAUUAAAUUCUGCAGCAGUGGUGGUGGUUCUAUCUUUGCAGACUUAAAAAGGUGUCGACUGUUCAGAAAAAUCAAACCUCAGCAGGUCUUUGUUGAUAAAUGCUCGUCGAACAUGUCUCUGCUUGAGCCGCGUUCGCUGCGUGUUGUUUCUUUUUCAUCGACCUCUUCCUGACAGUCUGACAUUCCUGCCGGUCCCCCGGGUCUUCUGUCUUCAUGCCUCAUAUAUGUCACAGGCCAAAACUGCUCGCUGCUGCGUGUGCGAAUGCCUGGACAUGGGAAAAACAAUGUAGAGCAGCAGAUGUACUCUCUGACAGAGAAAUGAACAAGUGAUUAAAAAUACUGGAGUUAGUUUGCUGUGCCGUUGUCAUAGUUACGAUACUUUUUAAGAGCUGUCCUGUUAAUAUGAUGUUAAAAAAUGAUAAAUGGUAAAUCUGCAGCUGCACAAAACCAGGCUAAAAGCUGUGCAAGCAACUUUUUAUGCGUCAGUAUUCUCUCUACAUGUGCAACAAAAUUAAAGGUGGGGUAGUCAGGAUCUGAGGAAGUGCCAGUUUUGGGGAGAAAUCUUGAAUGUAAACUCUACCCCUCCCAACCACUUUUUCCCCUCAGCUCCUCCUCUCCCCUCCCUCUCUGCUCCAGCAAGCCCCGCCCACAAACAGACGCUCCUGCUUGUUCAGAUAUAAUGCAGAUAAAUACUUCAGAUAAUUACAAAUGGGGCCCAGUCAAGGUGAAAGUAAAAACAUUGGUGCUACUGUAGAUGCCAACAGACUACCAGCAAACACAAUGUUUGCAGGACUUCUACAACUAGGAUAAAGUGACAUAGUCCAGGACCCGAGGUCAACAGUUUAGCGUUUGACAAGAAAUACUUCUGUUACAGACACUUGGUUUACUUUAUUAAAACGGUUUACCGUCCAGCAGAAAGGUUACAGGGUCUGUAAGAUCCCAAGCGUCCCCCAACAUUGUUGACCCGGCUUUUUAGCUCUUGUCUACCUCCGUUUUAAGUGCUGGUUAUUCCUCCAGAGUCUCCGGUAUUUACUUUGUUUUCUUGCUUGUGUCGGCAGUCGUGGCCAAAGGAGGAUUCAGACAAUUUUCUGUACUUCCUGGUUGGUUUCUACUGUCCGAUUUUGUAGCACGCUAACUUUGUUUGGGCUCCUGAACGACACGGGGGAGCAGCUUUUUGAAUCACGUUAUAUCGUUAUAAUCCCCAAAUAUCAAUAACUAAUAACUAUUGACUGAUAUUUAAAGCUUUUUUGUAUAUUCACCCCAAAAAAGAUGCUUCUUUAACAGAUUCCUGCCCACCCCACCUUUAAUCUGAAUAUAACCCUGAAUCAUUUCUUCUUGUAGACGGCGUGUUUUCGGGAGGAGCGGGAUGUGUUGGUAAACGGGGACUGCCAGUGGAUCACCACCUUGCACUACGCCUUCCAGGACGACAAUAAUCUGGUAACUUCCUCUUCCUCAUGUGUUCAUUCUUUGAUUUGUGGGCCUAAAACCUCUCAUAGGGAACUUUUAACCUUCACUUAUCUGAUCCCCUUUGGAGGAUCGCCACACCUCUCAGCUCAGUACAUUCAAACUUUGGUACUUUCCACAGAAACAACAACACUCCACCUGCCAUUCUCACCGUUUCACCCGCCAGUUCAUUUAUAGAAAACAGCACCGGCUCUGCCAGACGCCGACUAGCACAUUCGUUCCUCGCCACAAAGCACAACAUGACUUAGAAUUGUAGGAAACUGGGCAACACCGCUUGAAAUCAUUUAUGUAAAAAAAGAAAAGAAAGAAUGACUCUGUCUGGACUGGAGCUCGCUGACUGGUUAUUGGCCGAGCUCUUUCUCGCUCUCAUUGGCUCCUGGAGGCAGCAGUUCUUCUCGCUCCGUCCUGACAGUCUGUCCUCUCUGUGUGACCCUGGGUUCAAAUGCCAGGACUGCUUGUCAUUCCUUUUCCCACAUUCUCACAACAAAUGCUUCACCCUGGACACUCCCCAAACUUUAAAAAUACACACCGCCGCCUGACCAGACGUCUAUUUUUAGGAAAACCAUCAAAAGUCUAAAGCUGAAUAUGCACUCUGUGUGAGAAAGGAGGAGAUGAGAGUGAUGGGGGGUGGGGGGAGAGAGACAGAAACAUGUUUGACUUUAUUUUUAACCCUCUGUUAUCUCUUUGUCCGCCUCUCUAGUACCUGGUCAUGGACUACUAUGUGGGUGGGGAUCUGCUGACUCUGCUAAGUAAAUUCGAAGACCGUCUGCCAGAGGAGAUGGCCAAGUUCUACCUGGCUGAGAUGGUGCUGGCCAUCGACUCAGUACAUCAGCUUCACUACGUCCACAGGUGAGGACCAGGCAAAGUGUGUGUGUCAGUGUGUGUGUGUCCGUGUGUGUGUAAUUAUUUUCCAGAGGAGCCCCCCGGGCGAGAAAUCUGGAUGAUGGAUGUUCAGUGUACUCUAAUCCUCCAGCUGUGGGGAGCCACAGCAGCUAAAUGAAAAUAAAUAAGCACUGUGGAGAGUGUGUGUGUGUGUGUGUGUGUGUUUGAUGAUCACUGUUGCUAGUCAAUAGUGCUGACUAAUUAUAGAGAAUAUUGGUGUGUGUUAUUAUUGCACUCUUGAAUAUUUGGGGUUUAAUUUGGUCAUGGAUACGUGAGAGGAAGGAUUGCUCUAACAUGGAUCUGAAGCUUUAUUAAAAGUGCUAUGAGAAUAAUAAUAAUAGAGGUCAGACUGAAGAGUCUUUAUGAAUGUUAGAUUAGGUGAUCAGAUAGGGUGACCACACGUCCUCUUUUACUCAGACAGGUCCUUUUUUUGUGGGAGAUGUCCGGCCUUGUCCGAAGGAGUUUAUAAAAUCCUUAAAAAAUCCAGGGUUUUGGAUGAAAGUUUUGAGUUUGUGUUUCUCAAAAUAACACAUACAUUCGAACAUGAAUAUUCGUUCUCAAAAUAACACAGACAGUCAAACAUAUUCAAAUAUCUAGCUUACUCAGCUUGCAUAUAACUUCAUUUCACUCAGCAUUUUUUCUGUCUAUCAUGUCUGCCCAAAAUCCGAAGAAUUUCCAAACAGAGCUUCUAAAGUUUGUUGGAGUCCAGACCACUCUCUCCAAGUUUGGCUCCGAACAUCUCCGCCGUCUCUCUCUGCAUGUGCCCUGGACGGUUUUUGUCGAGUCUCACUGGACCUGUCCCUGACCCAUCGUUACAAUGGGCAGCAAAGCAACCGCUGUUUUUUUUUUUUCCCCACUCUGUUUUUUCCCGCUGUUUAUUUAAUAUUCAAAUAUUGAUUUUCACAUUCGAAUCUUGUUUUUUUUAAUAUAUAUUUGAAUUUAGAAUAUUCGUUGACAACCCUAGCGUGGACUGGGUUAGAAACGUGUAAAAAACACUCGACCCAACCUGAAAACUCUUAAAAUUAACUACCCACAACUCCGUGACUCCGCCCUGCAUAGUCGUGUCCUCUUUGUGGGGAUUCAGGAUAUGGUCACUCUAGAUCAGAGUCAUAAGUUUUCAUCAGUGGUGCCCAACCAAUCCCCAUGAUGACGUAGAGAUGAAGGGGGCUUGGCCUUUUCACGUGUCUACAUCUUGAAUUUCAAAAUAAAAGUCUUAAAAAAGCAGACUCCUCUUGAUUUGGAUACUAAAUUAUUUUACUCACUAGUAGAAGAUGUCUUUAGGAACAGGAAGUUUGGCCUUGCAGGACGGGGAGAGGUCACAUCGGCAUGUUAAAACAAUUACAUAACAGGUUUUUUUUUUGCUGGGGGCUCGUCAAAGAAAAUCUGCUCAAGGAGCAAAGGAAGGAUGAGAGGUGCAUAAGGAAACGAGGGAGGGUCAGAGAGCGAGUAGGAUAAUCCAGGACGGCUUGGUGGGAUAAUGUUUCGGGUGUGUCUGUUGUCUCUGGGAAAUCCAGCGGGAAGUCAGAUGGAAAGAGACGCAGCGACAGUCAGAGAGAGAGAGAUGUAGAUAUAAAUGUUUAAGUAAAGAAAGGGAGUGAAUGAGAGGAGAGUGGGGAGCCACUAAUUGCAUGGUGUUAUCUGGGGGCUGCGGUCGGGGGUUGGUGGCGGCAGCAGCAGAGACGGAAAGUGGAUGGAGGACAAGAAGGGACAAGAGGGAGGGGACUGAACUGUUUCCCUUUAAGUCCCCUGCAGCUUUGGGACAGUAAUGAUGGGGUAUGGGAGGUGUGUGGGUGGGGAUUUGGUGCUGUCACCUCCCCCCAUGGACCAACCUCUUACUCCUCCUAUGGUCUCUCUCUCUCUCUCUCUCUCUCUCUCUUACACCAUAUAUUUGUAGGAAAACUGUGUAGAGGGUGGAGAUAGCCAUGCAGGUCCCCUGAGGAGGGUGUGUCCUGCCUGAUGAGUGUGUAUGAGAAGUUUGUGUGUAAGGGUGUGUGCUUAACCUUAAUGUAAUUGUGUAUUGCUAAGUUUGGCAUUAACAAAGCUAAAGCACUAAAGAUGAAAUAAACCCUGUUAUUUAAAAACAUAAACGUCCAAUAAACAGAAAAAAAGUGUUCUUCAUUCACUUGAUGGAAUGAAAGAGGAUAAGGUUUUUCAAUUUCCAUUUUGAGAUUAAAGUAGAAAUUUUGAGAUUUAUGUCGAAGUUAAAGUAAAAAUUUCAAGAUUAAAGUCGAAAUUUUAAAAAUUCCAAAAUGUCGACUUUAUUCAUUUCAACUUUAAUCCCGAAAUUUUGGCUUAAAUCUCAAAUAUUAUUUUUCAUCUCGAAAUUUUGACAUUAUUCACAACAUUUUGACAUUCUGUAAUCUCGAAAUUUUGACUUUAAUCUCAAAAAAAUAAUUUCUAAUCUAGAAAUUUCAAUUUAAAUCUCCGUCCUGUAAUUCUUAUUCUUUUCUUCAUGUAGCCCUAAUCCUCUUUCAUAUGAUCGAGCUCUGAGAACAGAAUCAGUUGUUUUAUUAUUGUGCAUUAAAGAUAUAUACUUUAUCUAAAAUAUAACAAUAGUGUCGAACUACAGCCACUUAGCUUUAAUAUAAACUAUAAUUUACUUCUAAGUCUUUGUAUAUCUGUCUUAACUCUCAUUCUGUUUGUCAUCAUGUUAAACUGUUGACUUAUAACAGUAUUUAUAAUAUAGUCUAGCCGUCCAAACAGAUAAAUUUGCAGUUUCAGAUUAAAAAUAAACAUUAAAAAAUCAACAAAAAGGCGAAAAAUCACUCGUAAUGCAAACGUUUCUUAAGGAUCUCUUACAGGAGCACUUUGAGUGACAUACUCAUGAGUCUGGUGUGUAGAUAUUCUAUCCUCUAAAACACAGUCUGAUUGUUAAAAUGUACAGUAAAUGUUGAUGAAGUUGUUGGUCAGGAUGUUCUUAGAGUCUGUGAAUGAGGCGGAUUUUUCCUUUUCUUUGCUUACUCAUAGAAAAAACAGAAAGUGACCUCAUGCUCAAUAUAAAGGAGCAGUUUCAUGUCUUUGUCAUUCACUCCAUUCCCCCCACCAGGGCUUAAAGAGUACUUACACAUACUGCAGUUUAAUCUUAGUCAUAGUUCACAGACACGUCAUGCCUCAUCUGAGUCUUUUUUCCCCCUGUUUUGUCGAGCUUAUAUUUCCUCUCGUUUUCAUGUUUCAUGAGCGUGUAAAGCUCUCAAAGCUGUCUGGAAACUUUACUGCUUGUAACAAUAUUACCUAAUAGAGUGAAAAUUUGUUCUUAAAAUAGACGAUUAAGUUUGUGGAAAUAGUUUGUAAACUGCUGAUGAGUGAGGAAAUCCCCGUAAUGGAUGUUUUAGAUGGCGAACACUGUUAGCUAAGAGUGUAAAUAAAGGCAUUAAAGCUCAUCUCAUGUUGGCGUUUUGUCGUGUUGUGAAGUCGGUGACCUUGCGGCGAUGGCGUCCCGUUUAAAAUUCAUAUUAACGAUCCUGUUGACACUGAUGAAGUCGAAAAGAGCUCAGAUGAAAGAAAUGAAGAGGCAAAAACCUUGAGGUCAACCUUCUGUCCCCUUCAGCGGAGUCCCAGGAGAGGCAGCGUGUGCUGGAGUCAGACCCAAAGGGACUCUGAGUGUGUGUGUGUAAGUGUGUGUGUGUGUUCAUUUGUUCAGUGGUCAGUGAUCUGCUCGGUCCCCCCAGAGGGGUCUGAGUAACGUUUCAAUGGGCCAGCUCAGCAGGGCUUUGUGCUGCCUAGCACCACAUCUGUCUGCCACGGGAGAACGUGUGUGUGGUUUUGUGUGCGUUUGUCAGAGGUUUGGGGGGUUGCUGGUCGAGUGAGAGUGGAGGUGGGGGGUUGGUUCGAAUGAGUUUGUGUGUGGAGUGGACGGACAGGCAGAGAGGGAAAGAUAAAAACAGCUUUUACUAUCCUGACGUUAGACGGGUCUCACUCUCAGUUUUGUAAUGCACUGUGUAAUUGUGCGUUUGUGCGUCUCUGCAGCCUUUGUGUGUUUGUUAUUGAUUGGUGCCAUGUGUCUCUUCACAGCCUGGUGAUCAGAGAGCGAACAGGACUCGCUCUCUCUGUCCCACAAACACAAAGACACACAUAAGCAGCUGUCAUUCAUCAAUGAUCCGCGGUCGUAUCGUCGCCGUUUUGGGAUCAAAAUCAGAACAAACUUAUAGCGAGGAGGCGGUGUGUGUGUGUGUACAUGUGUGUGUAUGUGUGUUUGUGCAGGAGUAUCAAGUGAUGCCAGAAGUCACACAGGCAGCAGUUCUCUGAAUCAUUAGUUAACAAACGCUUGGCUGGAGCCGUGCCUUGUCUGUGCAGUCUGCAGAGCUGCUGCAGGCCACAUCCUAUCUGUGUGUGUGUGUGUAUGUGUGUGUGUGUGUGUGUGUGUGUGUAUUGUGAGGUGGUGUCCAGAUGGCCCUCACAGAUGGAUGCUGCGGUCUUAAAGGAGAUUACCUCUCUCUAUUCUAGUCUCCGCGUUGUGCCUUAAGACCGCAGGAGCCCUGUGACACAGUAGCCCAAUUAACUAUUCGAACGAGCGCGGCCCCGGCGCUCGCUCAGCACCACCCGCCUCUCUGAAAAGGGUUAAUGUGAGUCAGCUCUUGCGAGGGAGUGGAUCUAAACAGAAUAAUUUAAAGCAGAGAUUUCAAGAUUGAACGUCUCUUCAUGUACGGUCAUGUGAAACUCUUUCGCUCGAAGGCUCAAGUGUGAUAGAGGGAGAGGAAUAAGUAAUAGAGGAGAGAGGGGUGCGCGCAGAGAGAGGGCUUUGGUGCACGUGUGUGUUAUCAGUAGCCGCACCAUUACCCUCCUCACUUACCCCCACUGCGCUGUUUGUCUGCCACACACAGGCAUUACACACACAUGGACAAGCAAGGGUCAACUCAUGCUGUCUGCUCUUUGGCAGACCAGAAGUCUCUGCAGCAGAUUAAGGCUUUGGAGCAAUUGAGGCACCUGUGUGUAUCCAUAAACACACACACAAACGCACACACACAGGUCGACAUACUCUCACUCCACUCCUUAGUGUCACACUGUACGUCUCUGAAUGUGUGACAUGUUUUGAGUCUUCUUCUCUGCCUUUCCUAAUGCGGCUCUGCUCACCACUGCCACCUGCACAUCAGCGGAGUAACACACAUCCAGCAUCAGGACUAUGUGACGUGUUUCUGGACAUUUUUCAUCAGAACUAGAGGAACGCUCAUAAAAACCCUCGUCCCGUGGCACCACUAGCGGUCUAAAAACUCAGCGGGGCUGCACCUUCGAGCUAACCUUCAGAAAUAACGUCUCUCUCAGAGGUUAAACAUGUUCCAGGAGUUCUGCUUAUAACAUUACACCGCUACAAGCCAAAAGCCGUUUUUUUUUUCCAGAAAUUUUGCCCAAGUUCAUGUCCUUGUGUAAAAGUCUUCCGUUAUAUGUAAGUUUUGAGUGGUUAAAAUUAUAGUGCAUGAAACAGAAACGCACAGAAUUCAAAACCUUGUUUAUCCCGGACAACAUCGUCUUUACAUUAUGUCUGAAUUUCUCUUCCUGCCAAGUUCACGCCACUCAUUUGUCGAGUGAAUAUAUAUGGACUCGGGUCUCGUGUGGUUUCAGCAUCUUCUUUAAAGUGUUCAAUCUGGAACUCAUCUGUGUCAAGAUCUUUAAAGAGACUUCUAAGUAAUCCGCGACGUAAGCAGCGACUCUUAAAGUGUCGAUUUAUACACGCAUAUUUGUUUCGGAGCCUGAUUUUUAUGCGUCUACACAAGUCACAUAUGUAUACGUUUAACUUUUAUCCUUGGUUUUAUAGGUUGGUGAUUUAGUGGUGCAUCUAAAGCAGAGAGAUAGCUUGCCCACCCCGUGCCCCAGCCCCCUGAGAUAGGACUAUUAACACCACUGGAAAAUGACAGGGGCUCCACAUCAGGCUUUGAAGAGCUCUAUAGCUAAAGACAGAAACAUCAAAGUCCUUUUCAGAGUCAGUCUGUGUUGGCUCGUUCAUGAAGUCUCUAAAGCUGGGGUAGAGAUCUUAUAGAUUUUGUACGCAGUCAAUGAGAAUAUGUGGAAAGUUUGAUGACAAUUUUCAUCAAGAUUUUCAUGAACAGUUAUGAAGCCUUUUUGCUCUCAUUACAGAUUAAACUGAAACAAUUGAUAAUAUCUAAGAGGUUUGUUUUCUUGGCACUCUUGCUUCCCUCUCUAAACCUGACUCAGUCUCAGCAGAUGACUGUCUAACAUCAGUCUGGUCCUGCUCGAGGUUUCUGCCUGUUCAAGGAAGUUCUUGAGUCUGAUUCUGCUCAAGGUUUCUGCCUGUUAAAGGAAGUUCUUGAGUCUGAUUCUGCUAGAGGUUUCUGCCUGUUGAAGGAAGUUAUUGAGUCUGGUCUUGAUCAAGGUUUCUGCCUGUUCAAGGAAGUUCUUGAGUCCGGUUCUGCUUAAGGUUUCUGCCUGCUAAAGGAAGUUCUUGAGUCUGGUUCUGCUUGAGGUUUCUGCCUGCUAAAGGAAGUUCUUGAGUCUGAUUCUGCUUGAGGUUUCUGCCUGUUAAAGGAAGUUCUUGAGUCUGGUUCUGCUUGAGGUUUCUGCCUGUUCAAGGAAGUUCUUGAGUCUGGUUCUGCUUAAGGUUUCUGCCUGUUAAAGGAAGUUCUUGAGUCUGGUUCUGCUUAAGGUUUCUGCCUGUUAAAGGAAGUUCUUGAGUCUGGUUCUGCUCGAGGUUUCUGCCUCUUAAAGGAAGUCCUCCCCUCCAUUGUAACGUGAUAUAUCCUGCAAAGUGUUUCCCUCAUGUGGUUAAAGAUGGGAUGGGAGUGGGUCUGACCGGAUCUUUACAUCAUGUCUUUGUUUAUAGAGUCUGGUCGAGACCUGCUUUUGUUUGCUUAUCGCCUUGGGAUAACACUCGCUGUGAAUUGGCGCUCUAUAAAUAAAGAUUUAUUGAUUGAUUGAUUGAUUGAUUGAGGGGGUCUGGAGCUGUGAGCUUUUUUCAGAAAGUGGAUUGAUUAUCUUCAGCAGAUGCAGCACCAGGUUAGACAUUACAGCCUGUGAUUGUCUCUGUAAGCUGUCAUGACUCAUGUGUCCCCCUAACUGGAGUGUUUUUGUGUUCCUGCAUGCUUUCACCGCCAUUCGAAAUAAUUAUAUGUGCCCUUAAUGCAGUGUGGUUGAGUGUGUUGGGAGGAGGGCCUCAGACUGGGGCUGCUCUCAGGGGAAAUCAGUGGAUUGGUCAGACAAGGACAGUGUCUAUAUUUAGCCUCUCUGCCAGGAUAGAAUGACAUCUCUGUUUGGUUCAGGCCAGCCGUUAUUGGAGUCACUUAGUAAAUGAUUUAAAACAAUGUUCAAGUCAACAAAAUGACUCAGUCAGUUGAGGAUGUCUGCUCUGGAAACAGAAGAUCAGACAUGAAACAGAGCUGUUAAAACCUACCAGCAAGAGACCGGACUAGACCGGGCUCUUAGAUCCACGCCAGGGAUUCCCAUCAGCACAGAAGGACCAGAGCUCAUGAAGGUUAACACAGACCACCUGUCAGUGACCACCUGUUGAAUGGAGCGGAGGAUCUCCUGCACCCCCCAAACUGAACGAGGGAUCCAAACACAUCAUAGUUUCAUGAUUGGACAAUAUCUUGAUUUUUUAAAAAGUCAGUAUGAUACUUAGAUUAAUAUUUUUCAUUGACAAACACUUGGAAAGCGCGAGACACGAUAGAGAUGAAAAUCGAUUUGAGAAUAUACUUUUUUUAACAUCGUCAUCAUCAAAUAAUCUGAUUACGAUUUAAAAUCGAUUAAUCAUGCUGACCGACCUCUUUGGUAUUACAUAUUACAAACACGCAUCUGUCAGCCAGUCUUCUUAUGCAUUCACACCUUAAAAUCAUGAUUAGCUGCUGGGAGUGAAAAUAGCCGCUUGAUGAAUAUUGAAACUGUCCGUCUGGUUCAGCGGUUGCAGCCAUGAAUCGUAGCGACUGGAAUCCAGCCACUGUCUGUAUGGUUAUUAUAAACACAUCAUCAGCAGAAGUAAUGCUGAGCAGAUGCAGUCGGAGUGUGGAGGGAGCUGUACGGCUGCUGUGUACACGUCUGUGAAAGAAUGUGCUGUCUACCCUCCUCCCUCUCUCUUUACAGUCCUUGUCUGUUCACAAACACAAAUAUCGUUAGAAAAGUGAACAGGGGAGUGUGUGUGUAAGCCGAGGACAGAGGGCGUGUGCAUAUUCCCUCAAAAAGAGUGCAUUUUUUUCUGCUAAAUCCCACAACACAAGUCCAAUUAUUUCUGUGUUUAUUCUCGCUUUCGGUCAAUUUGGAGUUGUCACGCUUCUGAUAAAUGUUCAGGAGGAAAUUACACUUGAUUAAAUCACGAAUGUUUCUGAAUUAUUACUUACUAGCUUCUCAAGCGAGUUUAGACAAAGCGAGCUAAAUGUCCUGAGGUUAUGUUAUUCAAUCUGAUGAAAACUGAUGAGGAGUUUCACUGUAAUAUCAAGUCAAGUGUUUUCAGUGUUCUUAUAGCUGUUGUUUCUUUUGGAGGAGUAUCUUGUUUUUUCUCUGUCUGUCUAAAUUUGCCCGUUCUUUCUCUCCCCACCACAAACCCCCCUGUCCUUUUUCUCUCCUCUUCUUCUUUUAGGGACAUAAAACCCGACAACAUACUGUUGGACGUGAACGGCCACAUCCGCCUGGCUGACUUUGGCUCCUGUCUCAAACUUAUGGAGGACGGGACGGUGAGUUUUUUUUUUUUUUACCACAGCACUGCUGACGCUUCCCCCAGUCCAAAGCAAACAUACCAGAGCUUUACUGACCUCCUUGUCAACCCCCAGGGGUCUCCCAGGAGGAGUGCGGUUCAGCGGCUUGGCUGUUCUAACAUUUUAUGAUUUAGACAAUUCUUCUUCUCGCAGAAAAAAAGCCGUUUCCCUCAGGUGUUACAUAAAAGAAAGACGUCAGGAUGAAAUGGAUUAUCAAAGAGGUGUCUAGGUUUGUUCCUCCAAUGUUAACAUCGUGAUUUUGACACAUGAACCUUUGGAAAAAUAAAUUGAGGGUUUAUUUAACACUGGCUUUGAAUAAUACGCUCAGUACAAUCAAAAGCUGCUUCUCAUCAUACCGAGCUGAAGUCCAGAAGUUGUCCUAACUUCAAACCAGUAGUCAAGUUUAUGAUAUUGAUUAAAUUACUCUGACAAAAUAGUUUUUUGAUCCAGAUCUUUUCAGUACAAAAAAAGAUCAGGCCCACAAGAAGAGAAAAAAAAUUACAGGAGGGAGAUUUUUUAAUUUCCAUUUAAGGGUUAAAGUCGGAAUUUCGAAAUAAAAGACAAAAUUCUUAAAAAGUCAAAAUUAAAAAAAAAAUAAAUAAAAAAAUAAUUUCAUGAAUGAGGUCGAAAUGUCAACUGUAAUCUCAAAAUUUCAACUUUUAUCUUGAAGUUUCAGUUUUUAAUGUCAACUUUAUUGACAUAAUUCCAAUUUUUUAAUGCUGAAAUUUUGACUUUAAUCUUGAAAUUUCAAUUUUUAAUGACGAAAUCCAACUAUAUUGACAUAAUUUUAUUUAUUUAUUUUUUUUUAAAUUUGGAUUUUUACUUGAAAUUUGGAUUUUAAUAUUCUUCCUGUAAUUUUUUUUUUCUUCUUAUGGCCCCAAUCCUCUUUUAUACUUCUGAGACCUCUCAUUUUCAUCCAAGAUACCAUUUAAGUGCUUUGUUUAGAUUCAGCAUCUAAAGUGAUUUCUCCAGAUUGCAAAAUAAAAGUAAAAACAAAGUUAGAAAAACUUUUGCAGAGCAGAGAAUUUAUUGAAGGUUUAGUCUGCCUUUUGUUAGGUUGUAUUCAGACUGUUAUCCAUCAUCAUCUUUGCUUUUAUUCAAAUGUGGUCCAAUACUUACUCAAGUUAGUAUAUUCUUUUUCUUGAGUGAUUUUUUAAUAAGUCUUGUUUUAUCUGGUCCUUUCUCUCAGGUCCAGUCUUCCGUGGCGGUGGGGACUCCGGACUAUAUCUCCCCAGAGAUCCUUCAGGCUAUGGAGGACGGCAAAGGCAAGUACGGGCCUGAGUGUGACUGGUGGUCCCUGGGAGUCUGCAUGUAUGAGAUGCUGUACGGCGAGACUCCUUUCUAUGCAGAGUCCCUGGUGGAGACCUACGGGAAGAUCAUGAACCACAAGGUCAGCUGAAACCUCAAAGUGGAUUUAAGUAGAUUCUUCAAAAAUACGAGAUUGUGACGUUGGAUUAACAGAGAAUUCAAAUCUUUGUUUUAGGAGCGUUUUCAGUUUCCACAGCAAAUAACAGACGUGUCAGAGGAUGCGAAGGAUCUGAUUCGUCGGCUCAUAUGCAGUCGUGAACACAGAUUGGGCCAGAAUGGCAUCGAGGACUUUAAGCACCACCCUUUUUUUACUGGUACAGCUGCAUCUUUGAUUCUGUUAUUUAGAUAGUCUCUUUAAUCUCACAGAUAUGAUAAAAUAAUCUGUUCUGGAGGCUUUAGCAUGAUGUGUGAUCACCUAUGUUGUCCUAGGCAUCGAUUGGGAAAACGUCCUCACCUGUGAAGCCCCCUACAUCCCAGAGGUCAGCAGCCCCACAGACACCUCCAACUUUGACGUGGACGAUGACUGCUUAAAAAACUCGGUAAGCUGCUUGUUCAGGGAUCAAGACACAAACGCUGAUCCCUCACUCUGCUGCAAAUCUGUCACUGCAGACUCAUUUAAGGACACUGAUCGCUGCACUACAAGUUUAAGUCAAAGAAAUAAGACACACCCAGAACUUGGAGUUACAAUCAGUGUAAGAGGGGUCGUUACAUUGGUGGAAAGUGCAAAAAAUGACAGUAAGAUAUAGGACUGGGCGAUUUGGCAAAAAAAUGAUCACAAUAUAUUUUGUCAUAUCGUCCGAUCUCGAUUAUUAUCACAAUUUUUUUUUAAAACUGCCAAUUUUACAGCUUCUGUAGUAAAAACUAAAGAAACUAGAGAUUAGUUCAACAUUUGAUUAACAUACAAAGUAAAUUAAAUAAAAUAAACUUAGAAAAAUAUAAAAACCAUUUUAACUCAACAGAACAACAAAUGUCGAUAAACACUAAAUAAUACAGUGAACUAGUUUAAAGUCCUGAGUGUUUUUGCAGGUAUGCAAGACCCAAAAUAAAUAAAUCGCCCCUCAGGGAUAAUGAAGACGCCUUCAAAUGUAAACUUUAGAUGACGAUGAUAAUGAUGAUGAUCAAUAUCAAUAUCAUCAUCACAUCCAUACCUGUCUUUUGUUGGCACUGAUCUUUCUUUCUGUUUUAUAUUUUUCUCAUACUUGUCUUUAAAACUCUUCUUCGAUUGCACUGCCCUUUCGUUCUUUUUUUACCGUAGUUCUUUAUCUGUUAACGACUUAAUUUCGCCACUGAAGGAUGAAUAAAGAAAAAUCUAAUCUAACCUAAUCUAAACGUAGAUGAUAUGAUUGAUUCCUGCUUCAUGUGUGUGUCUUCUCUGCAUUUUCAGGAGACUAUGCCCCCUCCCUCUCACACUGCUUUCUCCGGUCACCACCUGCCCUUUGUGGGAUUUACCUACACGAGUAAAUGGUAAGUGCCUUUAGCGUUGGUUAGUCCCUUCACAUUCAUUGCAUACUUGGAUAAAAUCCUCCCUAAGUGGAGAAGUAAGGACAGAUAUUUUUCCGUAGUUAGAAAUCAAUUUUAAUUCAUUCUUAGUUUUUAAUAAAGAGAUUUAUAUGAAACCUUGUCAUCAUCUGGCUUUACGUGUCGUUAAUCCACAUCAGCAGACAGAUUUUCCAGACGAGUCCUCUCUCCCUGCAUAGCAUCGUUAUUAUCACGCCAUCGACAGAAACAUAAAUCAUGAAAUUAGCUCUCCUGCCUAAUAAGGUGAUGUUCAUGACUUGUUGUAGAUCUGUCUGUGAGAAAGUUACAGUCUCAACACUUACUCCCUUAUCUCUUCAGGGCUCCGUGAUAACAUUCUCCCCCCUCUCUCUCUCUCUCUCUUUCGUUUUUUUCCACCACUUCAUCCCCCUCCAUUUCUCUUCCAGUUAGUCUAAUUCCUCUCCGCUCGGCCUCGCCAGCCGUCUUUUAUGACUCAACAUCUCGUCUUUCAGCUCAUUUCCAUCUCAAUCAUCUGUUUGUCUUUCCUGUUUCCUCUCUCCUGCUGUUUCCUUUUUCACUCUCCAUCUCCGCUGAACAAAAACAGAAUCGCAUCAAUAAAAGGCCUUUUCUUUCUUCCUCUCUCUCUUUUUGACUCUGAUUUGAUUUAUCGUCUUGAUUCCCAAACUUCUCUUUUAUGACCUAAAAUGUUUCUCAUUAUCCCUCCGUUACAGCACCCUAUCCGACAGAGGUUGCCUCCGACAGUUGGCGGUAAAGCCCGGUAUGUCGGGUCAGGACGAGGUGGACCAGGAUGUGCAGCGCAGCCUGGAGGACAGCCUCGCCACCGAGGCGUACGAGAGGAGGAUCCGCCGCCUGGAGCAGGAGAAGCUAGAGCUGAGCCGCAAACUGCAAGGUCGAGUUUGUCUCCUCAUACUUUUUUUUCCAACAAUAUCUUCAUUUAUUCCCAGAAAACACAAAAACACAAUAUUAGCCUACAAAACCAAAGAAAUUAAAAAGAAACCAAAGAACCAGGCGUGAGGGUUUUGUAGAAAAUAAAAGAUUUUUAAGUGCGCCUUAUCAUGAGAGAAAUACGGUAAAUAAAGAUGUUUAAAAAAAUCAUAAUUGAGAAAAAAACAAAAGGGGGAGAAAAUAAGUACCAAACCAACCAGACACUACUCAUGUCUCCCCACAUUAAAACUGACAUGAUGUGUCUCACCUGAUCUCCUGCAGAGUCCACUCAAACUGUGCAGGCCCUACAGCAUCCAUCAGGCGAGGGUCCUGUCAGCGCCAACAAAGAGGUGGAGAUCAGGAGUCUGAAGAGCGAAAUCGACAUCCUCAAGAAGCAGAUCGCAGGUCAGGGUCUUUUUUUUUUGGAUAUUAUACAGUAAAAUCAUUUUAACUGAACUCUUUUUUUAAUGGAGUGAAUUUCUAAACUGUUUCUCGAUGUGUGUUUGUCAGACUCGGGCCAACUGGAGAAGCAGCUGGAGGACGUUUCGACGGCGCGCAGGGACCUGGAGGAUUCAUCGAAACACAUCAAGACCCUGGAGAGACAGAUGAAGAGCCUGACACAGGAGAGGGACGACCUACACAAGGUUAGAAGCUGUAAUACUUCCUCUAGUAACCGUCGUUUUUACAGUCGAGUCAGAGUCACAGCCUGAGUCAGCAGUUUAACCGGAGCGCUGUACUCCUCCCAGUAUAACGAGAAUUAGCUAAUUGACAAUAAUAGCUGUAAGAGGCGGAUCGAGAUACUAUCAGACUUCAUCCCGGAGGCGAACUCAGUCGAAUGUUAAAAACACGGAGAGCACAAAACAACCCCAGCUUCUCUCUGUGUGUUUAUACUGGUCGACUUACAGGUCCCAGCCCAGUGUUUAAACUGGGAGCAGAUUGCCAAGGCCACUUCAGUAGCAGACUGUUCUUUGUUCAGGGUUUCUGCUGGCUCUUAAAAAGUCUUAAGACGUCUAAAAUUCGCUGAAAACCUCAUAAAAUGUCUUAAAUACUAAUUUUGAAAGGUCUUAAAAUGUAUCGAUUUUACUUACAAGUAAAGAUGAAUUGAAGUAAUGUAAAAUGUUCCGAUUUCUUUUCAUGUCUGUUGUAUUUUUUCGCCAGUAAAAUAGGGUUUAUAUAAAAAUAUUGUAUUUAUUAUGGUCUUAAAAAAGUCUUAAAACUGACUUGUUGGAGCCUGCAGAAACCCUGUUGUUGGAGAUGUUUUAAAAGCACACAGACUCGUAUUAUCACCGUUUUUACUGCUCAUUUAAAAGUCACCUGUGCUCUUCUCUUCCGUGUUAAUCCAACAGGAUGUCGCGGAGGCCAACGAAAAGCUCAAGUCUCAGUCUAAAGACCUGAAGGAAGCUCACAGCCAGAGGAAACUGGCCAUGCAGGAGUUCUCCGAGCUCAACGAGAGACUCACAGAGCUCAGGUAUCGUCACGCCGCUUGAGCAUUUCGAAUUAUCUUCACGUUUGUUGUUCCUGAAACACUGAACAUCUGUCGUGACCGGCCUUUUCAUUCAGGUCAGCGAAGCAGCGCCUCGCACGCCAGCUGCGGGACAAAGAAGAGGAGAUGGAGAGCUUAAGUCAAAAGGUUGAGGCUCUCCGCCUUGAGGUGCGAAAGGCCGAGAGGGCCAAGAAGGAGGUAGAGUAGUCUCCCUGUGGUUGGUAGAACAUCCCGCUCCGUCCCCUGCUAACGUCUGUGUUGUUCUCGUGUUACCUCUCUAGAAUUUUUUACACUGUAGAUCCAUAAAUGUUGGUAUUAAAGCGGAUAAAACCAUAGAACUCCUACAUGGUGUGUGAUCUCUGCGUGCAUUUAUCAUCAGAUGGAGGCUCGGGAAGAGGAGCAGGCGGCAGAGACUCAGAAAGAGAGGAAGCUGAGAGAACGUAACGAACAGUACAGCCGACAGCUGGAGGAGGAGCUGGAGGGGCUGAAGGUAAGACCGCAAACGAACAUGAACCUUCAACUUCAGAAGACUUGUCUCGAUUCAAAGAUUAAACCCCGAUGUCUCCACGUUUCCAGUUGAAGCAGGUCGGCUCCUCUACGAUCCCAGCCUCAGCAGACCAAUCCCAGGAGGUGGGACGCCUGCGGGGAGACCUGGAGAAGAAAACCCUCUUGUACGAGGAGGAGCUGGGACGCAGGGAAGCGCAGCACAGCUCGGAGCUCAAAACCCUGCGUAAGGAGCUGCGGGACGCGGAGAGCCAACACCUGACCCUGCAGAAGGAAAUCCUGAUGCUCAAAGACAAGCUGGACAAAACUCGCCGUGAGAGGUAUCUUCUAUCCUCCUCAGUGAUUCUUUAUUCUUAUUAUCACAGAUUUUUGUUUGGAUCAUCAAUGUCACAUCAUCAUUUUUCUUCAUUGUGUUUUCCAGCGAUGUGUGCAUGAGGUAAUCUCAAUUUUUAAACAGAGCUCAAGUCCAGGUCUAGUAUGAAUGUGUAGAAACUGUUUCCUUUAACAUUUCUAGACUUGAAUGUAGAUCUUUUAGUGCCCCUGUACCUUAGUAACCUUCCUCUAGGACUCCCAAGUCCUUCUAGCCCCCUCCUAAGUUGUCCCCCAGUUCCCUCUCCGACUAAAAAGUUGUUGAUGUUUUCCUUUUGAGCGUAAACAUCAUGAAACUUAAAAAGUCACUUUUACUCUCAAACAUGAGUGUCUGAGGUAUCUGCAGUGUUUCGCCAACUUCGUGAGGGUGAAAAUAGUGGAAUUAAAGAACCGCCAAGUCAAACACGACAUGCCAUGAGAAGAGGGGUGACUGUUAUUUGUACUGCAGACCCCUGGUAGGGUCGUCACAUCCUUCCUCUGGAUCUCUUUCAUGCAGCAGCACACCGCUUUAAUCUCCUCUGAUAAAAUCUUGUUUUUCUGAAGAGACAGCUUUAAACCUUUGUUUUCGUACUCCUCGGCCAAACCUUUCUUCCCGGUGUUACCGACAUCUUCUUUUACGACUCUCUAAUUCAUUUUUAAACACACAGAUGUAUCAGAUUCUUCCUGCAUUAAUGGGUUUGGACUCGGACUUGUGUACCCUGUCUUAGAAGCGGGCUUUUGAUUUAGGUUUUAAGGAAAUAUGUGGAGACUAAGGCCUUCAUAGAAGAGGGAUUGCGAGGGAGGUUAAGUGAGAGGAUUGUGAAUAUUUUAUUAUGUAUUUGUUUAUUUUUAUUUGCGGUUUAAAGAUCGGCGUUUAUGCGUCUAAAAGAGCAAAAAUCUGAGUUUUUAUCCAUGUUUGAACGACAGACAGGAUUUGCAGCUGUGAAUUCUGCUCAGGAAAUCGACGUAAACAUUGGUAAAAUGUUGUGAGUGUAAUUAUGUGUCGUGUGUGUGUUUUCCUUCAGCCAAAGUGAGCGGGAAGAGUUUGAGACCGAGUACAAGGAGAAGUACGAGAGGGAGCGAGUCCUGCUCACCGAGGAGAAUAAGAAGCUGUCCAGCGAGCUCGAUAAGGUGAAGCACCUUCAUGAGUUUAAGAAUAUUUCUGUCUCGCUCUCUCACCUUUUUAAAGCGUGUUUACCUCGCUUAAACACACACGCACAUUAACACACACUUAAAAAAACACACACUUCCCUCACCCCAGGUAACCCCUCUCAGCUGGCCGAAACUCUGUCAUCACAUUCCUUCCUCCGCCCCCUCUCUCUCUCUGCUUUGCCAAAGAAAUCACUGUUCAAUGUCCCUCAUAACAACACCCUGCAGCCUCCUACACACUCACAUGGAAUGAGUCUCUGGAUUACAAUUUAUUGACUUUGGAAAUCGCUGUUGGAAGUUCAAAAGACCCCUGAAUGUAAACAGUGCGUCUCAGAAGUGGGCGGCUGCUCGACUUAAAGAAUCAAAGGUCCGAGUUUUUUUUGUUUUGAAAGUCUGCGACCGAUUAGUAGAAACUUCCACAAGGAAAUAUAAAGACGGCAGAUGUUUUUACGGCCGGGUCAUUCAUCGUGAUAAUUAUGAUUUUAUUUUAUUGUUACGAAAACAUGAAAAAUAUGUUUUUAAUAACUAUUCUGGCUGCGUGCGAGUGAACAUAAGCAGUCCUUCAAUGCUGAUGGUCUGCUCUGAUGGAAACUAUAGUGUUAGACUGACUCAGUUUGUAAAGAGGAGAGCAGCUCAGCUCUUCAUCAUCAUCAUCAUCAUAGUUUCUUUCUCUCUGUAUGCAGAGGCAUCAAAAUUUAGUCCUGAAUGAAAACAUUAAAAAAAUGUUUAGUGGUUUAUUAAAAAUAGAGCAAAACCAAAUUCCAAAGUGAAAAAAAACAUACUCCUCAUAUAUUUGCUUUUAUUAUUCAAAAAAAAAUCAACUUAUCAAAAACAUACUUCGGGUAUAUUUGCUUUUAUUUUGAAAGGCUUCAAAUCAAAUUCUGACGUAAAAAAGAAAAAAAAACAUACUCCUGGUAUAUGCUUUUAUUUUGAAAGGUUUCAAAUCAACCUCGGACACUUAAAAAAAAAACAACUCCUGGCAUAUUUGCUUUUAUUUUGAAAGGCUUUGAAUCAACUUUCAAAAAGAAAAAAAACACACUCCUGGUACAUUAGCUUUUAUUUUAAAAGGUUGUCAAAUUAACUUGGGACGUUAAAAAAUAAAAGUAAAAACAUACUCUGGGUAUACUUGCUUUUAUUUUGAAAGGCUUCAAAUCAACUUCAGACAUAAAAGUAACCCAAACAUACUAUCAGUAUAUUUGCUUUUAUUGUGAAAGACUUUGAAUUAACCUCUGAUGUGAAGAUUAAAAAACACACUCCCGGUAUAUUUGCUUUUAUUUUGAAAGGCUUCAAAUCAACUUCAACUUCCAGUCUGCUCAGUGGAGGUGGGUUCUCACAGUGGAGGUCUGCAGUCAGACUGUCUUGAAAUAUUUUAGCAGAAGCAGUUGAAGGAGGUUUACCCAGGUGUCGGUGUUAUGUUGUCCCCGUCCCAACUAAUUUUGACAAAAGUUGCUGCUAUCAAAUUUCAGAUUCGUGAAUAUUCUUCAUCAGUUAGUCUUUCACUCGGAAUAUUCAGCCGAAACGACUUGCAAACCAUCAAAUUCUUUUGUCGUAAACAUUUUCUGCAGCCUCAAACUCUUGAGUCUUGAUUUUGGCAAGUUUUGAUCCCAAACAAGGAUGAACACAGAGACGGAUGCAGCUGUUGUGGAGAAAGUUUUCAUGAGAAAUGAUCCGUGUUGGCAGAAAAAUCUGUAAUGAUACCAGGACACUGCAGAUGGAGUUUGAGCUCGACUUUCAUGGGAACUCUGGAUUUAUUAUUCUGUUAAAAAGUCCAAAGUUUUGAAUAUGAGGUGUGGCGUCUGUGCUUUGUGGGAGUCUCAGCCUGUUGUUACUCAGGACUUUAGUCAUAUAUGGUGAGAUUUCAUCACAGAGGGCAAAUCACAGAAUAAACAAUCAUAAACUAGGCGUCUAUUCACAGAGCUGCAGUACACGCCUUAAGAGGCAAUAUUUAUUUCACUCCAUGUUAAUGCUUAUUUUAGCCGCCCGAAGCCUUCUCCGCAUCACAGACGGUUUUACGACCCCGAGUGUCCUCGCAGAUACUCUUAACGGCGGGCUCCGGGAUCGGAAAACGGUUGCAAAACAUCGUCUCAGUUCGCAAAUUACAUCACAGCCUUGACAGUUUGACGACACCAGGAAUGUUUCCGCGGAGUCGAAGUAUUUAGGCAAAAACAACAGGGCGGUUUGAGACUUGUAGUGAUGUCAUGAUGACUCCACGGGCGCACGCCUCUCAUAUUAGGAGGAUUAUGGGAAAGAUUUCUCGAGAUUAAUCACCGUGGAUGUGUGCACGUGAGGGGACACACCUCCUGAGCAACGUCAACGGGAAUGUCAACAUUGUCAGAGAUUCGUUUUACAUUUAUUAGCAGUGUAGUGACGCUCUUUUGUUCACUAAGAUCUGUUUCUGCGUCUCUCCUCAGUUGACCAGCAUGUUCGAGAAGGUGAGCAGCUCCAACAGGCAGCUGGAAGACGAGAUGAGGGAGCUGGCCGACAAAAAGGAGAGCGUCGCUCACUGGGAAGCUCAAAUCACAGAAAUCAUCCAAUGGUGAGACACCCGAACAUGCACCAACUUUCCCGAUGUCACUCUCCUGCGUCUUCUGCUCGUGGAUCGAGUUCCUCUCUUCAGGAUGAAUAAAGCAUUUCUCACAUUCCUCCCAAGAUCUCAGAGCCACUCGACCCGCCCUUCCUCUCAGAUCACUUCCCAUUGCAGCUGACACCUCGCCAGCUGCUCGGCCUCCCUCUGUUGGACGGGCCUGCAGUCCUCGCAUUGCACACAUUCCACACACUCACACACACACACACAUAUACUUACACACACACGUGCGAGAUACAUCCAUCCAGAAGCAGAAAGACGCAUACGCCGAUACACACACUCACAUUCCAAACAUGCACGUACAAAUGAGAGAGUGGAAUGUGGUUUCUGAUGGGUUUGGUGAUCUAUGAUGCCCCCUGGUGGACAUGAUGUACACUCACAAAGGCAGGGUUUGCACGCACAGGGAGGUAAAUAUGUUGAAUUGUGUGUUUUUUCUGCAGGGUGAGUGAUGAGAAGGACGCUCGGGGUUAUCUGCAGGCUUUGGCCACCAAGAUGACGGAGGAGCUGGAGGGACUGAGAACCACCAGCCUGGGAGCGAGAGCCACGGUGAAACACGCAAACAAAACUUCAACUUAUUUUGGGUUCUCUGAGGUGAAAGUUUGUCACGAUCUUAAUUGUGAUCGUCUCUGCGCUUUAGGACAUGCCCUGGAAGAUGCGGCGCUUCGCCAAGCUGGACAUGUCAGCCCGUUUGGAGCUGCAGUCCGCCUUGGACGCUGAGAUCAGAGCCAAGCAGGGCAUCCAAGACGAGCUGAACAAGGUUAAGGCGAACAACAUGUCCACUGAAUGGUAAGAUCAUAACAAGAAUGAGUAAAGAAAGUUUGGCAGACAUCAGGACAAAACUCUAAUGUGGUUUUUUCCGUUUCUCCAGUAAACUGCAGGAGGUGGAAACGAAGAACCAGGAGCUUCUGGCAGAAAUUGACAGACUGAAGAAAGAGACGGAGGAGCUGCGGUUACGGAGAGGUAGUUUUUCUCAUUUUCAAGGACACAUGAAAACAUUUAUAUUGCUUUAACCCCACAUACAUGCGGCAGUAUUUUAUUAGAAUCAUUGGCCAUCAUUUAUCAAACAAACCUACAGCAGAAAACCGUCCGUACGACCAUUUCCACGCAAGGAUCAGCAUUUAUUAAUUUGAACGUGAGCAUACGAUCAAAUCUCACGACAGGUCUGACAUCGUGCUUCUGAACCACGAAUAUUUAAGGGUGAGACGUGUUAAUGCCGAUCGAUUUCAGCCGCUGCAUCAUACCUACGCUGGGAUUGGUCAGAUACGAACCCUUUCAUAAAUCUCACGUGUGUCCUAUCGUACUGCAAAUCCUGCGCUCAGAUCUACACAAGAUUGAUAAAUGAGGGCCAUUGUGUGUCGAUGAUUAAAUAGACACAACACACUCUUAACUUCUCACCGCAGUCAUAUGACUCCCCCCGCCAUACACACACACUCACACACACACUGUGAAUUGUUUAAGUCGCCCUUUGAUGUUAAAAUCGCCGACUUAACCGUGGUCGUGUUAUUUGUGCCGUGCCUGUAGGUGUCAAGCACCAGGAUUCCCAGAAUUCCUUCUUGGCUUUCCUAAACGCUCCGACCUCAGCGCUGGACCAGUUUGAUGUAAGUGUUUAGGAAAUUCCUCAUACCAUAUAUGGGCGUGGAAGUCCAGAUUUAAAGCCAUUAUUCAGAUGUAUUUCUGCUUGUUUUUUGUACUAAUCUCUCUUAUGAGUGUUUCUUUGUUUCUAUUUGUUUGUUUUUCGCUCACAUUCACUUCCCGAGAUCUUUAUUUUCGUUUUAUCUUCUCGGUUGUUCCUUUGCUUCAAUCUCUGGUACCUCAGGACUCUUAUUCUUCAUCCUCAUCCUCUUUAAUUGAGUUUUGGGAGGACGUAAGUGUCUUUUUGUUAGGCAGAGGUCCGUGUGUGUGUGUGUGUAUAUGUGACAGUAGCAGUCUCCAAGCUGAGAACAGCAGCAUAGAUCUGUGUUUACAUGAGUUUGUGUCUGUGCAUUAGUGUAACUGAAGAAGAGCAGAGCCGCUGCAGAAGUAUUCAGUCCUGUUGUUUUUCAGUCUGGACCUCAGAGAAAUGAGGAACACAUGAAAUAUGAUGAAUUCAUAUUAUUCGAGGUCAUAUGAAUUCAUUUAGUUCAAGUGCCUUAGUGUGAGGAUUGAUGUCUUCUGCAGUUGUCUGCUCUUGGGUUCAGUUGCUUGCAAGUCUUUGUUGGCUAGUGAGCUCGUAAAUAAAAGUACCUCUGCUUUCUAGAGCUCGAAAACAAAGUUACACGGUCAGAGCCAAAAAGGAGACUUGUGCAUCAUACUGACUUUCCCAGCUCCUCUUUACCGAUCAUCAUGUUUAAUUUCUCCAUUUGUAACCGUCUCUUUUUAACCCUUCCUUCCUGAUCCAACCCUGGUCCACAUACACAAGUGAUAUACAGGGAUUUCCACAUGGGGGUACAAACAGCCAUUCUGCUGCUGCUGUUUAUAUAUUUAUAUAUUUAUAUAUGAUAACUAUUAUAAUAAUAAUAAUUAUUAUUAACUCUGUACAUCAAACAGAACAUUACAGAACAUUAUUACACUUCUGGAUCACCUAACCUGACAGACGAUGACGUUUCCCAGCCAUUAGGAAUAAUCAGUCGGAGCCCAGCACUUCUAGCCAGUCAGAGGCGGAGGAGGCAGGACUUUCCCCUACCAACCUUAAAAAAAAAAUCGUGGGCGGGAGGGUAUUUAAACAUGGCGGCGCCGGCGUCUCGUACAGCAGCUUAAGUACGCGCUUAAAAACCUCCAAAGUUUGUGAGCACUUAAGCUUAGAUAAGGUGAAAAAAUUCAAAUAUCAUGGCAGCACGUUGGUGAUGCGCGAACAUUUGAGGAGAAGACUCGUCCGAAUGUCGGAUGACUCGCCUCGGUAAAAUAUUAGCUUAAAUGUAUAUUUCAUAAGAGUAUUUUGGCUUUAUUAGAGCUUUAACGUUAUGCCUGACAUUUAUUAUUAUUGCCACUUAAUCAAAGCAACCUCGUGCUAAAUUUAACAAUAAAUUCAUAGUUAUCCGAUUAGUUGACUAGUGGUUAGAAUAGUGGUUUAUAUUGUUGGUAAUAGUUAGCGUUGGUCAAGUUUGUCAAAAAUACCAGAAAAAAGAAGUGAAAUAGGGAAUCUAAAACUGACGGGUAAAACGGUUAACAGUCAGCUGAAAAGAAAGGUUAAACAGUUAAAAUGGUCACUAGUAACAGAUGAAUAGUCUAAAUAUGAGCAGUAGGUCACAGAAACAGCCAAAAGUUAAAAAAGUUGGUAGUUUACAUGUUACUUUAACAAAUAUUAAGUUUUAUAAAACCUUCAUUGAUAAUAUGGUGAAUAGUGAACGAAUGUUGGAAAGCACAGGUUCACUGGAGUUCAGGUCGAUCUCACCACCUCAGUGUUUCCUCCCCAGUCUGUAAAAAUGUGUUUUCAGCUCUAAUCUGAUACUCACUCAUCUCUGUGUCUCUGCCUCUCCCGCCACUGAAGCGCUCGCCAUCCGUCGGCCCAGCUAGCAAAGGCAGACGUGUAAGCACCAUCACUGCGCUCUGUGAUUUCUCUUGUUGUUGUUUUUUGUCUCUCUGGCCUGUUUUGACUGUGCUUCUCGUUUCUGAGUGGUGUGUGUGUUUGUUUACUGCGGCUGUCUGGAUGCAUGGCAGGGGUCCUGGAAGCUCUUUUGUAGUGAAACGUUCAUGUUUUGGGGGUUUUUUAUUUUGAAUGACGGGGGAUUUUUGAGUAUCGUGCGGUUUGUGUUUCUCUUUUUGUUUGAGACGCUUUGUGACUUGCCGUGCAUGGUGUAAAGUGAGAGAGCUGUGGUGUUUCUUAUGAGCAUGGUCUGUUUUUAUUUGGGUUGUGAUGUGUCCCCAAUAAAAUUGUGGUCAGCUCUUUGAGUCCCGAGGAUAUGACCACAUAUCCUGACCACAAAACUAUUUAUGCUGUCGCCCUUCUCUCUGAUUUCUUUUGUUUGACUAAUUCUCUGUUUCUCUCUCUUUUCUCCUCCGGCUUCUCUCUACCCAGGUGGACUCCAUCGAUAACUUCACCCCCUCCAACACUCCAUCCCGGGAAGACGACCACAAGUCCCACCUCAAGUCCCGCUCGCGUUCUCCCUCCAUGGCCAGUGAUAUGGAGCCUAUAGAGGUCAGAAACUUUGAUCCGGACCUUCUCUCCAUCCCUCCAUCUUUACUGUACUCACAGAAUUUUCCUUUUUAAUGUCCCCCUUACAGUUGAUAGACCAUCCUCCUCGCACGGUCCAGACUCCUACGAUGCGCUCAGGAGGGUACGGCAGUAUCGGACGCUCCUCACCCAAGGUUAGACUUCUUUUACUUUCAGGAUCGCCUCCGUAAACCUCGACGUUUUCUUGUGUUUGUCUCGAUCUUUAACGCUCUAUACUUAUUUCUCUCAGCCUAAAGCACAUCAGUUUGUGGUGAAGUCCUUCAGCACGCCCACUAAGUGUAAUCAGUGCACCUCCCUCAUGGUGGGGCUCAUACGUCAAGGCUGUACAUGUGAAGGUGAGGACUCUGCACACAGGAAGAUCUCCUUCUAUGAUUGUGGUUGUGAUUUAAUCCUAAAGCUCUUCUCUGUCUCUCCUUUGUAUUCAGUGUGUAACUUCUCCUGCCAUGUUACGUGUGCGGAUAAAGCCCCGGCUGUGUGUCCUGUACCCCAGGACCAGACGAAGGGCCCUCUGGGCAUCGACCCUCAGAGGGGGAUCGGCACUGCGUAUGAAGGGCACGUCAGGGUAAGAGGGGAACUCUGUUGUUUCUAAACUACAUGACGACUCAGUAAAAUUGAGAUGUUCGGAGGCUAAACCGUGUUUUUGUGUUGAUUCCAGGUGCCCAAACCGACGGGGGUGAAGAAGGGCUGGCAGAGGGCGAUGGCGGUGGUGUGUGACUUCAAACUCUUCCUGUAUGAACUGGGAGAGGGAAAAGCCACACAACCGAGUGUCGUGGUCAGCCAAGUCAUAGAUAUGAGGUACGAGAACCGCAUCUUUUGUGAUUGAGUGUGACUCCUCCAGAUUUAUCCGACAGAGUCACCGUCUGUCGUCAUAUCGCUUGUUUCGUCUCUAUACGACGGCAUAAACAUUAAAGAUAUCUGGGGAUGGGAAUUGAUAAGAUUUUUUCGAUAUCGAUGCCAUUAUUGGUUCAAUUCUAAACGUAAGGUAGGCUAUAGGUUUUCACGGUUAACUCAAACAUUUAUUGCCAUCUUCAGUGAGAGUCCAAAAAUAAUCAAACAAAAAUGCUAUUUGUACAACAUUUCUGGCAUGCGUUGUGUUAAUGUUAACACAGGACAUACGUUAGGGUGACCUCCAAAAAGAGGACACUACUAUGCAGGACUGAGUUAUGUACGAAAUUUUGAGUUUUUUUUGGUCAGGUCGAAUGUUUUUAUGCGCUUCUAACUCAGUUAAAUGCAUAUUCUGAAUAUCCAAAGACAGCGCAUGCGUGUGUCACAUCAGAGGCUUUGCUUAGAAGUGAGUGGAGGGGCGGAGCUGCAGAGAGGACUGAUGCUCUGCACUGUUUUAUAAUGAAUGAAGACACAUUCCGGACAUUUGAAGGAUUUUAUAAACACCCCCCGACAAAAUAGGACAUGUCUUGGUAAAAGAGGACGUUUGGACACCCUAAAAUACGUACCUUACAUGCCAUGCUGAGACGGAGCGGCAGCGGCUGACAACCGGUGGAGAACAUCUAAUACAUGUGACUCUUUAUAUUUGAUGUCGUGACCCGUUGACAAAUGUUUAAACAUGUUUCUGGUGUUUCCACCUUUGCAUGUUAUCACUGCUCGAUAAAUGUUGUGCUUUAGCUCGUUUCUGCCUACUUUUCGUAUUCGCCAUGGUUUUUUCUGUCUCUGUCCCCGUUUGUGUAGACUGGCUCUCACGAGAUCAUUUUUUAAGGCACCCGGAAGAAAGGAAUUGUUAAGGGAAUCGUUAAGAUAAAAUGUAAAUGAUGUCGAUGGAUUGAACCAUUUGGAACCGGUUCUCGAUUCCCGUCCCUAAAGAUAUCAUACUAAUAUAAACAGAUAAAGACAAACAGCAAAUCUCAGAUUCAGAGAGAGCUCUGGAGAAGGAGGUGCGGGGUGUUUUAAAGGAUUUACACUUUUCUGGACGGCUAAUAAAUGUAUUUUUUGUAAAUUUUAUGAAUUGUCUGAUAUCUUCUAGCUGAAUUUAAUGAUUUGAACUCUUUCCAUGUUUUUCCAGGGAUGAAGAGUUUUCAGUUAGUUCAGUCCUGGCGUCUGAUGUCAUCCACGCCAGCCGCAAAGACAUCCCGUGUAUAUUCAGAGUGAGUUUCUCCUCUCCUGUUUAUCCACGUUUAGAUAUAAACCGUCCUCCACUUUCACUAACCUUCGAUUCGUCCUUCUUCUCUCUACAGGUGACGGCGUCUCAGCUCUCUCCCUCCAGCAGCCACAAACCCUCCAUCCUGAUCCUGGCCGACAGCGAUCAGGAGAGGAACAAAUGGGUGGGCCUCCUCAAUGAGCUCCAUCGUAUCCUCAAGAAGAACAAGCUCAAGGAGCGCUUCGUUUACGUCCCCAAGGAGGCUUACGACAGCACCCUACCGCUCAUCAAGACGACACAGUCUGCUGCUAUCAUAGGUGAGAGGACUUUAUACUGCUGCUCUAAAAUCCAGAUACUUUGGGACUGUCCCUUUAAUGAACGGCUGCUGUGCCUCUUUUGCUCCUUUAGAUCAUGAGCGUGUUGCCCUGGGCAACGAGGAAGGUCUAUUUGUCAUCCAUGUCACCAAAGAUGGUAGGAUACUCUCUUUAAUUUCCUGUCACACACCCGUUUAUCCACAGGUCUUUUCUCACCUGUUUUAUUUUCUCCUGACGUCCUCAGAAAUUAUCCGAGUAGGAGACAACAAGAAGGUGCACCACAUCGACCUGAUCCCUCAGGAGCAGCUGCUGGCCGUCAUCUCCGGCAGGAACCGCCACGUCCGUCUCUUCCCCACACAAGCCCUGGAUGGACGUGAGACCGAGUCCUACAAGCUGGCUGAGACUAAAGGCUGCCAGACCAUCGUCUCCGGCACCGUCCGCAACGGCUCACUCACCUGCCUCUGUGUGGCCAUGAAGAGGCAGAUCAUCUGCUACGAGGUUCGACAGAUUUCUCUGGAGCCAGAUUGAAUUUUAUGUCAGAAAUAGUCCUAAAAAGUUGACAUCUCGUCCUCCAGGUGAAUAAGAGUAAGGCACGUCACCGUCGGCUACGGGAGGUGCAGGCCCCGGGUCCGGUCCAGUGGAUGGGUCUGCUCAGCGAGCGUCUCUAUGUGGGAUAUCAAUCUGGCUUCACUCGUUACAGGUAAUCUACCUCUUUACAUCUAUAUUGAAUUCACCGACGUUCAUUUUUGUGCUUUAAUUAAUCUAACUCUGAGUUUCUGAUAACGUCCUCAGCGUCCACGGGGACACGUCUCCUGUCACCCUGCUCCACCAAGAAGACCACACCCUGGCUUUUAUCCCCCAGCAGGGUCUGGAAGCCCUCUGUGCCGUGGAAAUCUCCAGCAAAGAGCUGCUGCUGUGCUUCAGUUCCAUCGGCGUGUACGUGGACUCCCACGGUCGCAGGUCCCGUCAGCAGGAGCUGAUGUGGCCGGCUGUGCCCAACGCUGCCUGUGAGUGGUGGAAAUACUCUGACUUAAUUGGAACAGUGAGCCGUUUACUCGAGACAGUCAACCAAUCCUGUGUCUGUGUGUCCAGGUUACAACGCCCCCUACCUGUCAGUGUACAGUGAGAACGCUGUGGAUGUGUUUGACGUCAACACCAUGGAGUGGAUUCAGACCAUCCCUCUGAAAAAGGUCAGCGCUUCAGAUUCUGGACUGUUCACUCAGAGCAUCUCUGGCUCCACCUGCUGGAUGAAAUAAAUCACUCCUGUUGUUCAUGAUUUUUCCAGUUCUUUAAAACUGACUCUCUGCUCCCCCUUCAGGUGCGACCUCUGAAUGUGGACGGCUCUCUAAACCUGCUGGGACUGGAAACGGUGCGACUUAUCUACUUCAGAAACAAGAUGGCGGGUAAGAGGAACCCCAAAAGUCUCAGUGAAGUCUAACGUGUGACGUCUCUGAUGUUAAACACGCCGGUGGCUUUUGUUGUGAUCUUCUAGAGGGUGAUGAGCUGGUCGUCCCGGAGACAUCAGACAACAGCAGGAAGCAGAUGGUGCGCAGCAUGAACAACAAGAGACGGUUCUCCUUCAGGGUGCCGGAGGAGGAGCGGCUUCAGCAGAGGAGGUAGUUCACCUGAUCCUUCGCUUUUCUCUCCUCUGAGUUCGAUCAGUCUACAGAUAAAUGCAGUCGUAAAAGAUAGUUUUUUAUCAUCUUCAGCGAGUCUUUUGUAUCUUUUAGUGAUUUUGAGCAGGUUAUUCAUGCUUUUAUCACAGCUCCUCUGGAUUAUUGCACUUCAUUUUGGUGUCUGCCAAACCUUGUAAUCGUUUACAGCUCGUUCAAAAUGCCACAGUUUGUGUUUUAUCUGGUCGACGUAAAUAAGACCACAUUCCCCUAUUUUAGCUUCUCUUCACUGGCUUCUUGUGCGUUUUAGGAUUGAUUUUAAAAUUUUGUUAUUGACUUAUAAAUCUUAUAAAAACGGGCUUGCUCCUUUUUAUCUCUCUGACCUUUAAAAAUCCCAUUUUUCAUCUUGGACUCUCAGAUCCUCUGACCAGUGCCUUCUGACUGUCCUCAGGUCAAGAUUAAAGUUCAGGGGUGACCAGAAAAGCUCUUCCUCUUCAUGUCAGACUGUCCCCCCUCACUCCCUGUUUUAAAAUCAGAUUUGAAAACGCUCUUUUACUCCUGAGAACUUGGCCUUUUAAUCGUGUUUUUACUGAACCAUCUAUGUCCCCCUGUUUUUAACGUGUUCCUGUGUCUUUUUGUUGUUUUUUCAUUUUGACUGUACAGCACUUUGGAUCAGCGUUUUGUCGUUUUUAAAUGUGCUUUAUAAAUAAAUCCGGAUUAGAUUGGAUAACUUUUUUGUGUUCGUGUUUCCAGAGAGAUGCUGCGAGACCCAGAGAUGAGGAACAAGCUGAUCUCCAACCCCACAAACUUCAACCACGUGGCCCACAUGGGACCAGGAGACGGGAUCCAGAUCCUUAAAGAUCUGCCCAUGGUACACACACACACACUCACACACACACAGAAGCUGACAUAAACACACACUCACAGCAUCCUUUCACCACUCACAGACGUGUGCGGAUUGAAAUCACACAGAAAAAUGUACAUGUACCGUAUUUUUCGGACCAUAAGGCACACCGGAUUAAAAGGCAUCAAACUUUGUUCAACUCAGGUGUAACGACAAAUAACGGUACAGAAAAAUACGCUCACUUAUUAAUUCAUUCUUCUUCCACAAAUCCAUCAAAUAAAAUUCUUUAUCUUCAGUGUCUGACUUAAACAGCUGUGCGAUUUCGGCAUCAAGCACACUUCCCUCUCGUCAUUAUCUGAGUCGGUCUCGUUGUUGUUACUGGUACUUAGCUGUUCAGCGAUGAUUCCAGCUCAGACGACAGUUACCGUAUUGCUCCGAAUAGCGGCUUUGUUCUACCGAAAUCGUACUUUCACAUUUCGACAGAUCUUUGAGCGCGUUGUACCACAUAAAACCGGUCAGUAAACACAACAAGUAUUCAUACAUAAGGCGCGCUGGAUUAGAAGGCGUACCAUCAAUUUUUGAGAGAAUUUUAAGUGACCCUUAUAGUCCAAAAAAUACGGUAUGCAGAAUUUGACAUGUGUGUUUGUAGACCCGCUUCUGUAGAACCAGCAGCAUGCUAACUCUGAGGUCUCAGCACAGUCUCUGUUUUGUAAACUAACCUGAAAGGCUCGGCUGCACACACGGUCACUAACUUAUCCUCGUUGUGUUUCCAUGGAAACCGUGUCUGUGCGUUCCCGCUCUGAGCUCGGUCUCGGAUCGCACACGGGCCGAGUUAGAGUUCAGUGUUUAUGAGCAUGUCCGUUUACAGCUGCACCCUCCUCACUCCUGUCCCUCCUGCACUGCACUCUGUCUCGUGGUGCGUGUGUGUUUUUGCUCUGUGCGUGUUUUAAACCAGAACGUCCGUGUUCAGGAGAGCCGCGCCGGCUUCAGCGGGUCGGUCAGCAUCCCUUCCAUCACCAAGAACCGGGCGGAGCCAGGCCGCUCCAUGAGCGCCAGCAGCGGACUCGGCAUACGUAAGUAAAAGAGAAAGAGAGCGGGACCGUGAGGUUACUUUUUUGAUGUUUGGUGAUCCUCUCUGACGUCCGUCUCUGUUUCAGGCUCGUCCUCUCAGAACGGCAGCGCUCUGCGCCGGGAGCUGUCGGGCGGGAGCUACGGGUCCAAACGGCAAACCAUGACCUCUCCCUCCGAGAGCUCGCUCUCUUCGGGCGGAGGCAUGGACUGUGGAGACGCCCCGCUCUCGCAGUUCGACAGAGAGGUCAGUGCGAACUUUGAAACUGAGCAUACGGCUUCAUGUGCGGUUGACGGAUGUAAAACCAGAGUGAGCGGAGUCACUUACUCCGACUUUAAACUCUUCUUAAAUUAAAAUACGGAUGGUUGUGUUUCCACUGUUUUUGGAUUUCUGUCAACCCGACAUCAGCUUUGUAUGAGGCAGUCGUAAAAACACGUCAUGAUUGUUUUUCCCUGCUGUGCAUUUUGUUGAAGUUUUCCGAUGUUUUGAAAAGACGAUUCACACUCUCCCUCUUUCAAGAACUCCUCCCUUUUACUCCCAUCCGUCACAAACAUCCUCACCUUCUGGGGGCAGGUGUGUCCCCGCCUCAUCCCACAUCUCUGACAGUUUGCUUAGCCCCCCAGUGAUGUCUGCGCUCCAUGACACACACACACACACACAGACAGACACACACUCAGCUUGGGCAGCUCCUAAAGUAGACUGACUCGAUGUUUCUGAAACCUAGUCUGUAAGAGUCGAGGUCGGUGUCGUGUUUGGUUAGUCAUACCUGUGUUUGGUUCCCCCCCCCUUGACCAUCCAUCAGUUUUUAGCUCCUCCUCCUUCUUCCUCAAACGAACCAAUCAGCUGAGAUCAGAUAGUCCCUUCAGAAGCUUCUUUUGCGGCACCUUCUACCUCGUCCUCCAUCCCCAUCCUCAUAGCCCAUAAGCCCGGAGGCUGUCAGCUCCAUUCCUCGACCCCCUCCUGCUGUGCCUGGCGCCCCCCUCCCUCCCUCCUGCCCCCACCCAAGCAUGUUGUCUGUGGGCUGGGCGCUGAGUCUGAACUCUCCUCUUCAGUGGCAGGCAGUCUCACCGUCGGAGAAGACCCCCGAUCUGAAAAGGGCUUUAAGGACCCUGCUUAGUAAGAUGAAGGUAAUGUCAACAGCUCUGCAACGUCUGCACCCAAACACACACCUGAGAGCAUCGUGUUCAUGGAACAUGCACCCACACGCACACACACGAGUGUACAUACGCAGACACGUUAGCAUGAGGUGCAUUCAGAGCGCACAACAAACACUGAAACGUCCCACGGCCCCUCGCUGCACCAUUUCAGCCCCCGUCAUGUCAGCGGCAUCAUCCGAUGGCUCGCCACAUCCUCCACCGGAGCAUCAGCUGCUGCACCAUCAGCCUGGCUGCUCUGUGUUGUUGUUUUUUUAUUUUUAGUUGCAAAGCUGCCGAUCGACCAUUUUGCAAACUUCUCUCCACUCUCACAGAGCAUGUCUGCUUCUUCACAGCUGCCAGAAAAACCUGCCCGUUUUUUAUUUUUUUAUUUUUCUAAGACAUAAAUAUGAUCUGAUUUAGCACAUCACCUGACACAGCGAGAGGAAACGGAGUUAAUCCUGUGGUUGGAAUAACAUCAGGUGGAGGUGGAGCACCUUUAAAGGAAGAGCUCCUCCUCACAUCCUCUCAUAUAUGUAGAGAACAUAUAUGGAAACAAACUGUUAGAUUAAAGGGAUAUUCCGGCGUAAAUUUAAGUUAGGGUCAAAUACACCGAGUUAGACACCCCCUCCAGAGAUGAAUGUUGCCGACCGCUUGCUUCUCUAGUUACACCAACUUUAGUAACGACCGAACAAUAGCAAUACACAGCGAUCUGAGGAGCCAUAAACAAACAUCAAUCAAAACGCCACUCCAUAGCCACAAAUAAUCCUCAGAACAGCACCUAACUUCAUCAACAGUACAUAUAGGGUCCUAGCCAUAGAACUAUCUUUUUAACUUUGCCUAAUUUCUUUAGCAAAGAGACUAAACAUUACUCAUCUACUCUCUUCCAGCAGCCACUUGUUUGUAGCGAAACCUUGGGCAAGUCCAUCGACUGCUGUGGGGUUUCGCAGCUCAAGGAAGAACAUUUAUGAUCAUUUCUUCAUGGAAAUACAAUCAGACCGAGACGCUAAGGCAGAAGAACUACCACGUCUGCAGAGAAAAAUAAUUAAUAUGAUGAUUAUUACUUCAAGGAAAUGAUAAAGUAAUGAUCAUAAAUGUUCUUCCUUGAGCUGCAUCACCCCUCUGUAAUCCAUGGACUCAUCCGAGGUCCCCGUACAAACAAGUGGCUGCUGGAAGAGAGUAGGUGAGUAAGUUGAAAAGAUGUUUGGUGGCUAGUACUAUGGCUGGGACCCUUUAUGUACUGUUGAUGAAGUUAGGUGCUGUUCUGAGCAUUAUUCGUGGCUAUAGUGUGGCGUUUUGCUCUGUGUAUUGCUAUCCUGCGGUCGUUACUAAAGUUGGUUUAACUAGAGAAGCAAGCGGUCGGCAACAUUCAUCUCUCGACGGGAUGUCUAACUCAGAGUUACGUUGUGUUUGACCCUAACUUAAUUUUACAGUGGAAUAUCCCUUUAAAGGCUGGUGUUUGUUUGUUUGUUUGUGUUCACUGUGAGACAUGAGGCAGUUGUAGGUUUUUUAACACCAAACAGAGCUGAGCGUGAUCGUGUGAUGGUUUGUUUGUGGCUUCAUAGUCUGUUUCACCGCAGUCUUAGAUUUUAGAAACGAAUCUGCUUCUUGUUUUUUUGUUUAUUUUUCUUCUUCUUCUUCUGCAAACUGUGAACUUCACCUGACUUUUUCUGACUCCUGUUUUUCUGAUCAGAGUCCAGAAUCCUUGAACCACUUAUAGCGCGCUUGACUAUGUGGUUUUUUUUUCCAUGUUUUGUAGCUCUCCAAAAUCCAUACUGUCUGUUUCGUACAGUAUGAAGUUGAAGUCAUACAUCCCCUCCUCCUCCCCGAUCAUUCGGCCUUCAUGCAUGUUUGUUUCCCUUCAGCUGAUCAUUUCUGGUCAACUGAACGCUUCAUCUGCUGAUGAUGUGGCAUGUAGUGGGAAAAGAGCGGCGAUGAUCCAAAAACAGAGAAUAUUUGAUAGUUAGUCUGGAUGAUCCUCAGGUUUUUUAUCUUUAACGCCUCCAAAUGCAGCUUUUACCACCUAACUGUCUGCUGUUCCCUUCUCAUCACCCCCUCCAGGACUCGGACUCUCCUCGACACUCCACCGCCUCCAACAGCUCCACCUUCAGCAGCCCUCCCAGUCCGGCCUCCCCACACAAGACCAAGUCCCUGUCCCUGGAGAGCACAGACCGGAUGGGCUGGGACACAUGAGCCUCUGCCGGCCUCUCGCUCGUACCGACCCCACCCAUCCAAACCACCGACCGACAGCACAGGACUCCAAACCCUCCCCCUCCUCCUAUCCCAUCCCCCUCCCCUCUUACACGCUCUCCCCCGCUCACUGCCCAGAGAACUGCACCUCCUGAUGAACAUUUGUCUCAUUUUACAGCCCCCACUUUGUCUCUUCCUACUCCCAAGACGAGGCGGAAACACUAAAAACGCAGCCUGAGUGGAGGUGUACGCGUGAGGGGGGGCUCACGUUCGAAGGCGCGAGUGUGCGUGAAUGCGAGAUGCCAGCGUGUGUGCAUGUGUUUUCGGUAAAGGGCGUCUGAUAUAGGAUUGAAAAAGCUCCCAUUUCGCCAUCAGCAGAAGCAGCAGCAGGCUUCACUGACACUCCUCUGUCCCAUCGAGACUCGUCAGAGACUCCAACGCCUCACGAUGCAACUAAAAAAAAAGAGGAAAACCGUUGAGAGGAAAGGAUUUGUAUUUGUACAUAGGACCCUUUGGGUUUUAGGGGGACUAUAUUUUAAUUUAUUUAUCAUUCUUAGACAAGGAAAGGGAGGUUUCGCUUCUCGGUCUGAGCCCCGCCGUACCUCCCUCAGCCGUCUCUCUUCGGGUGCUGCAGAAUCUCAAAAAAAAGAAAGUGAGAAAGAAAAUGUUUAAUUUUUUUUUCUUUUUGCUCGUGAUGCAAAGUGCAGAGACUUUAACGUCUGUUUUAUUUCGGCUCCAGUCAGCGCUAUUAUCCACAUCACCACCACAGCAGCAGCAGCAGCAGCAGCGCUUUUUCGUGCGACUCUCUUCCAGACUCACAGGUUCCCAUCACUGUACAUACGUUCAAAGUAGAGAGUAAUAUAUGAGAAGAGAAACUCUGUAGAGAACGAGGCGGAGAAGAAGGAGUGAUAACCUUUUUUUUUUGGUUCCUUUUGUGUUUGCUUUCAGCGUGGUUUGGAGUUGUAUUCACACAAAAAGCCAUUUUAAGCCACUUUGUCUUUUUUUUUUUUACUGAUCGGUUUUAGAUUUGUUUGUUUUAUAUUUGAUGUAUGACACUUAUCGAGUGUUUUUUUGUUUUUUUUUUUGCUUUUAUUUUUCCUCCUCCCACUCUGUGUGCUUUUUUGGAGUGACGAAAAAACUCACGUAUGGAUCGACACUACUGCCCGUAUACUGUUGCGUGAACACACACAGAUAUUUAGUGACUCGGUGGAGCGGCUCUGAUCAUUUAAUCCACAUUUAACCCGUGUGUGUUUGUGGCUGAAUUCGCUGUGGUACCUGAUCGGAAAGAGGAGUCCUUUCACUGCGCUUGAUUGAACCAAAAAAAACAAACGGACUGUGUUUGACCUUUUCUGACGGCGGUUUGGUACAACUCUUCGAUUCAAAGCUCUUGAUUUAAUGAGAAUGGAAACACUUAAAGCUGCCAGACAGUCAGCACUUGGUUUUGAUGAGUUGUCCAAACCUGUUACCUCUGUUCGUUUAAACUUUAGGAGUCGCUAACGAGGCGGGAUGAGGUCGAACUGUAAGGGAACAAUAUGCACAAAAGCUGACGUGAAACACUAACGAUAUUACCGUAUUACCUGUAAAAGACGUACACUCAUGCUGGUUUUUAGGGCGCCUAUUCUGUCGCAUCCGCUUCUCGGUUUGAAAGGGAAACCAGACGAUUGGCGGUCAUUCCAGCGGGUUUCUCUGUCUGACUCCUAAAGGCCCAUUCCAAGUAUUUUUUAGUAUUCCAUUUUAUAUAAAGAGAGAGAGGGGAGAGAGUUGGAGAGCCGCAGUGAAACUCUGAAUGGUUUUAUUCCAAAUAACCACCUCUUAGGAUCUUUUUAAGCUAGCGCGUCUCCUCCGUUCCUGCUGGAGUUUAUCUGUAGAAUGUAUUAGGUGGUUUGGGAGCGGGACUGUCUCAGCCGGGUGUUUUAUUAUCGGCCAAUAUUGUACAGAAAAGCUGACCCCAGUUUUAGGGAAGAGAAACUCAGGAAAUGUCAGAACCAAUGAUUAUUUUUUUUCUUUAGAUGGUUGUAAGUGUUUUUCGUUUGACGGGUGGAUGGAGUGAGUGAGUGAGUGAGGGAGGGAGGGACAGGCGAGUCAGGCUGUAGUGUACAGUAGAUAUGAGCCAGGCGAGGGGGGGGGGACAGUGGGAGGAGAGGCAGCGAGGAUCGAAGAUGUAAAAAGAUGAAAUUUGAGAUGAAUUUUAGGGGUGACCUGUGCGUUGACGGCUGAGGUGCCACAGUGGAAACUUUGAAACGGAAGAAAAUCUCAAAAACAUUCAAACGCCUUUGCAUUUCAGUGAGGUCUUAUCUACAGUACCUUCCAUAUUAUUUUGCUCUUUCAUAUCAUAUUACACUUUGUUUUUUUUUUUGGUUUUUUUUUCUAGGAUUGCUUUGUAAUAAUUUGUACAGUUUUGCAUGUUAUAGAUGUAAUCAUUUUGUUUUUCGGUUUGUUGUUUUACUUGCUCCUUUUUGAACGGUUUGGGCGUUUUACUGAGGAUAACCCACUACAGGUGAUGUAGAUUCUUUUUUGCACAAAAAAAUAUUUAAGGUGUAAGGUCAAAACAAAAAAAAUAAUGUAUGGAACUGGCUGCCACACUUAUGUGGAGAACUCAUUAUAUUAACCUGACUCCGAUGUAUUUCAAUAAAGCGGAGGGCUGUUACAAAUACAAAAA